GUCAUUUUCAAUGAUAUAUAGUGAUAUAUAACGAAUCAAAAUGCAACGACAAAAUCCGAAUCCGUACCAGCAGCAGCAACAGCAGCAGCAUCAACAACAGGUGCAGCAGCAGCAGCAGCAAUACUCAACUCAGGAGUAUUCGCACUCCAGCCAGGAGCAGCAUCAGCAGCAAAGGAUUAGCCGCACUGAACAACAUGUUCAGAGGAGUCAAAUCACCACUCAACAACGAGUGCAACAACAUCAUCAACAUGGCGGUAUUGGAGGCACCACCUAUGUGCCGCCUUCGUUGACACACGUGUAUGCUCAAGGUGAUAUUUCGCCACCCGUUUUCGAGCAAAUCUUUAAAAACGCUCGCUUCGCUCAAGGCGGCAACGCCCUCUUUGAGGGUAGACUGCGUGGCAAUCCAAAGCCAUUUGUUACUUGGACCCGAAAAGGCGCACCACUUCUCGAGUCGCAAAAGUUCCGGAUGAGCUAUAACGAGGCCACCGGCGAUGUGUCGCUGCUGAUCAAUCAGAUCGGCCCCGGCGAUGAGGGCGAGUAUACGUGCACGGCCCGUAACCAGUAUGGUGAGGCCAUUUGCAGUGUAUACAUUCAACCGGAAGGAGCUCCCAUGCCCGCACUGCAGCCAAUCCAGAAUUUGGAGAAAAACAUCUACUCCAAUGGAUAUACUUAUACGUCUAUUGAGGAGGAAUUCCGUGUGGAUACUUUUGAGUAUAGACUUUUGCGCGAAGUCUCCUUUAGGGAGGCCAUUACACGUCGCUCCGGCUAUGAGCAAGACUCCCAGCUAUCGCAAGAACUGGAUCGCUCGCUGGGUCCUGCUCAUGCACCACAAAUAGCGCAGAAACCACGCAGCUCCAAGCUGAUCGAGGGCUCUGAUGCCAUUUUCACCGCUCGCGUUGGUUCCAAUCCGAAGCCAAGGCUUACAUGGUUCCAUAAUGGACAACGUUUGGUUGCCUCGCAAAAGUAUGAGAUCUCCUACUCGAGUGGCGUAGCCACUUUACGUGUGAAGAACGCCACUGCCAAGGACGGCGGUCACUAUACCCUCUUGGCGGAGAAUCUGCAGGGAUGCGUUGUCUCCUCAGCUGUGUUGGCUGUGGAGCCGGCCGCCGAAACCGCAUACGAACCCAAGCCAGUUGAUGUGAUGGCCGAGCAACUGGAGACUGGCAAGGCUUUGCCGCCGCAGUUUGUAAAAGCUUUUGCUGAUCGUGAGAUCACGGAAGGGCGUAUGACGCGCUUUGAUUGUCGCGUAACUGGAAAUCCUUAUCCUGAGGUCUUCUGGUUUAUCAAUGGCCGUCAAGUGCGCGAUGAUGCGUCGCAUAAGAUUCUUGUCAACGAAUCGGGUAGUCAUUCGCUCAUGAUUACUAACGUUACCCGCUUGGAUGCUGGCGCCGUGCAGUGCCUUGCCCGGAAUAAGGCCGGCGAGGUCGCCAUCGAGGCGCAGUUAAAUGUGUUGGAGAAGGAACAAGUUGUCGCACCACAAUUCGUUCAACGAUUCAGCACCAUGACUGUGCGCGAGGGCGAACCAAUUAGCAUGAGUGCUAAUGCUAUUGGCACACCUGUGCCGCGUAUCACCUGGCAAAAGGAUGGCGUACAGAUCUCAUCGACGGCCGAACGCUUUGUGGGCAUUGAUGGCGGAGCAACCUGCUUGGAGAUCCCACGUGUUAAGGCUAGCGAUGCUGGCUGGUAUCAAUGUACAGCACAAAAUAUUGCCGGAUCAACGGCAAACCGAGCAAGACUUUAUGUCGAAGUUCCUAGAGAACAACCAAGUCAAGAACAAAGGCGUCUUAAUCUCCCAAGACCAACUAAAGUUAUUGAGCCUGAGCCUAUUCCUGGUCCUGAAAUUAUUUACUUGCGUCACGUUGAGCGUGCCAAGCCUCAUCUACGCCCUGGUGAAGAGGAUCGCGUAUAUCCACCCCCACAGUUCAUUAUACCGCUUCAAAAUGUGCAGCAGACUGAAGGUGGUAGGGUGCAUAUGGAGGCUCGAAUCGAACCUGUGGGUGAUCCCACAAUGGUGGUUGAGUGGUUCCUAAACGGCCGUCCAUUGGCAGCCAGUGCCCGCGCCACAUCUGUCUUCAAGUUUGGUUUUAUUGCUCUAGAUCUACUGAGCAUUUUGGGCCAUGACGCUGGAGAAUACAUGUGUCGUGUAAGCAACGCUAGCGGUGUGGCGGAAUCUCGCGCCAUCCUUUCGGUGGUGCAGCGUCCAUCCAUUGAACAAACCUCGCAGAAUCCAAACAGCUUACAGUACAUCAAUCAGUUGGAGGAUUACUCACGCUAUCAGCGCCAGGAAAGCUCUGAAGAGUUGUUGAAUCAACCUCCGCAAUUCAUUCGCCCACUGCGCGAUCUGGGUGAAUUGGAAGAGGGCAAGAAUGUGCAUUUCGAGGCCCAAGUUACUCCGGUGAAUGAUCCCAGUAUGCGUGUCGAAUGGUACAAAGAUAAUCUACCAAUUACGGCCAGUUCACGCAUCACGGCCAUUUUCAAUUUUGGCUACGUAUCGCUAAACAUUCUGCAUCUACGUGCCGAAGACGCUGGUACCUAUACGGUACGUGCUGUUAACCGUAUUGGCGAAGCCAUCAGCCAGUCGUCAAUCCGUGUUCAUUCACGUUCUCAAGUCACCGCUGAUCUUGGCAUUCCCGAACAGCAGCGGUAUAUUGAAAAGGUUGAAGAAUUAGAAGACUAUCGCAAAUCUCAGCAGCGUCGCCAUGUACAAGAGGCCCCUGAGGCCAUUGCCCCACCCCAAUUCAAGACACCCAUUCAAAAUCAGUUGGAUCUGCGUGAGCACGCGCAUGCGCACUUUGAAGCUCGUCUUGAACCAGUUGGCGAUUCUACCAUGCGUGUGGAGUGGUUAAAGGAUGGACAGCCCCUUGAGGCCAGCUCACGCAUUACCACCUAUCACAACUUUGGCUAUGUUGCGUUGACCAUUAAGCAACUAACCAUCUAUGAUGCCGGCACUUAUACUUGCCGUGCUUACAAUGCCAUGGGCCAGGACACUACUGUAGCCCAAUUGACUGUUAUCUCGAAGAACGAGAUUGUCUCUGACUCUCAACAUCCGGGUGGCCUGCAGAAGAUUCAACAUUUGGAGGAUUCUUCUCGUUAUGGCCGACGUGAAGAGGAGGAAACUUAUGUCACCCAGGCUCCUCGUUUCUUGGGACCUCUUAAGGGAACCACAAAAAUCUUAGAGGGUCAGCGCGCUCACUUCGAGGCUCGUGUUGAGCCACAAAGCGACUUGGGCAUGCAGAUUGAAUGGUAUCACAACGGACGUGCUAUCACUGCCGCUAAUCGCAUUCAAACCUAUUACGAUUUCGGCUAUGUUGCCCUGGAUAUUUCUCAGGUGCGCGCUGAAGAUGCGGGUGUUUACACCGUGGUGGCUAGAAACAAGCUAGGUGAAGCUCAAUUGCAAGCAACGAUGGUAGUGGAAACUCGUUCCAGCAUCGACACAUCUAGCAUGCACCGCGGUCUUUAUGAGAAGACCCAGAAUCUGGAGAACAAGCCCUUCGUGGAGCCGCAAUACGACAUCGAGGAGAUAUCCAAAUCUAAGCCGGUGUUUGUCCAACCCUUGGUCGAUCCCAAGCCUAUACACGAUGGCAAAAAUAUACAUUUGGAAUGCCGCCUAGAGCCCAUGGGCGAUCCAACAAUGCGUGUGGAAUGGUUCCACAAUGGUCGCCCAGUUACGGUGGGCUCUCGCUUCCGCACUUACUAUGACUUUGGUUUCGUUGCUCUGGAUAUCAUUAAGGCAACUGCAGCCGACUCUGGCGAGUACACAGUGCGUGCAACCAAUCAUUUGGGUUCAGCACAUACAUCCGCCUGCGUUCGUGUCAUUGAUCGUACAGAUGUGGUGACUGAAACUCAAAAUGAACAGUCUUUGGAGCAAAUUCAACUGCUUGAAGACUCACGUCGUCGUCAGCACUUGGAAGAGGAUAUAACUGUCGCACAAGCUCCUCAGUUUACUCGUCCGUUGCACAACAUCGAGACGAUUGAGGGAACCAAUGUUCAUUUGGAGUGCCGUCUGCAACCUGUAGGUGAUCCAAGCAUGCGCAUCGAAUGGUUCGUCAAUGGCAAGCCAGUAAAGACAGGUCAUCGUUUCCGUCCAGCCUAUGAGUUUGACUACGUCGCAUUGGAUCUACUUGGCUGUUAUGCCGUCGAUUCGGGUGUGUAUACCUGUCAGGCCAGAAAUCAACUAGGUGAAGCAGUCACCUCAUGCUCCGUGCGCAUUAUUGCCAAGAACGAUUUGAUUUUGGAAACUCAGAAUGAGUCGGGAUUGCAAAAGAUUCAAUAUCUUGAGGAUUCUUCGCGUUAUCGCCGAAAUGAGUUUGUCGACGAGGUAGUAAAUAUUCGUCCCCGUUUCCUUACGCAUCCAAAGAGUCUGACCAAUACCCGUGAGGGUGGACAUGCUCACUUCGAGUGCAAGAUAGAACCAGUUACAGAUCCCAAUCUGAAAGUCGAAUGGUUCAAGAAUGGACGUCCAAUUACUGUCGGUCACCGUUUCCGACCAAUUCAUGACUUUGGUUACGUGGCUUUGGAUAUUGUCGAUUUGAUCGCUGAGGAUUCAGGUGUGUACACCUGCCGUGCUGUCAAUUUGAUUGGUUCCGAUGAAACUCAGGUUGAGUUGCAGUGCCGUAGCAGUGAGCAAAUUGUCACUGUUACCCAAAAUGAAGCUGGCUUAGAGCAGAUCCAUUACUUAGAGGAUCGUUCUCGCUACAGCCGCCGUGAAGAGAUCGACGAGAGCACAAAACAAGCACCGGUCUUCACAACCUCCCUAAAGAACAUCGAAAUUAAAGAAAAUCAACGUGCUCACUUUGAGUGUCGUUUAAUCCCAGUUUCAGACCCCUCAAUGCGUGUGGAAUGGUACCACAAUAAUUUGCCCCUCAAGUCCGGUUCUCGCUUCACUGAAACCAAUAACUUUGGUUUCGUUGCCCUGGACAUUAUGUCUACUCUGCCCGAGGAUGCUGGUACAUACACCUGCCGUGCAUUUAAUGCUGUAGGUGAAGCCAUCACCUCUGCUGUCGCUGUUGUCCAUACCAAAAAGUCCAUCUACUUGGAAUCUCAACAUGAGACCGCUUUGCCACGUCUGCAACACUUGGAGGAUGGAUCCAAACGUCAACGCAUUAGCGUUCAGGAUGAAUUUGUCUCUCAGGCACCUGUUUUCACCAUGCCAGUGCGCGAUGUUCGAGUAGCAGAAAACCAGGCGGUUCACUUUGAAGCUCGUCUGAUUCCGGUUGGUGAUCCCAAUCUCAAAGUCGAGUGGCUACGCAACGGACAGCCUAUUGAGGCAUCUAAUCGUACCACAACCAUGCAUGACUUUGGCUAUGUCGCUCUAAACAUGAAGUAUGUGAACCCCGAGGAUUCAGGCACUUAUACCUGUCGCGCUGUCAACGAGCUUGGUCAAGCAGUUACAUCAGCUUCAUUGAUUGUGCAGUCUAAGACGGCCAUUCAACUGGAGACUCAACAUGAGGCAGCAAUGCACAAGAUUCACCAAUUGGAGGAUCAUAGCAAGUACCAACGCCGUGAAGAGGAGGAAUACUCGGUGACAACUGCUCCAGUUUUUGUCACAAAACUGAUUGGUCCCAACAAUCUUUAUGAGGGCCAGAGUGCUCACUACGAGUGCCGUAUUGAACCAUAUCCCGAUCCCAAUCUCAAGGUUGAAUGGUUCCACAAUGGCAAGCCACUGAGCACUGGUCAUCGUUUCAGAACCACCUACGACUUUGGCUUUGCCGCCCUUGACAUUCUGACUGUAUACGCUGAGGACAGUGGAGAGUAUACCUGCCGUGUCACCAACAAUCUGGGCGAAGCUGUCAACUCUAUUGCCCUUAAGGUCACGUCUCGUUCGUCAAUUAUUCAUGAAACUCAGCAUGAGGAAGCUCUGACAAAGAUCCAGCAUCUUGAGGAUGCUUCACGUUUCCAACGCAAGACGGAGGAGGAUCAAUUCCAUGCUGAGCGUCCCCAAUUCGGACGUCCUUUACGCAAUGCCAAGGUUAAUGAAGGAUCCCCAGUUCAUUUGGAGGCCACUUUAAUUCCAGUAAAUGAUCCAACCAUGAAGGUUGAGUGGUAUUGCAACGGCAGACCCAUCCAAACGGGUCAUCGCUUCAAGACUACAUACGAUUUUGGAUUUGUGGCUUUGGAUAUCCUUUAUGCCCAUGCAGAGGAUACAGGCACUUACAUGUGCAAGGCUAAGAAUGCCGUUGGAGAAGCUGUCACGACUUGUGCUGUAAACGUAACAGCAAAUAAGACAUUGGACUUGGACACUUUGGAUGCUCAGCGUCUGGAGAAGAUUCGUCAACUAGAAAGCUAUGCCCCACCCACCAAGGUGGAGGUGGAAGAGAAGGGCCAAAAACCCAUAUUCUUGACCCCAUUAAGCAACCUGGAGCAUCUAAAGGAGGGUGAACAUGCCCAUUUGGAAUGUCGUGUCGAGCCCAUUAAUGAUCCUAACCUGAAAAUCGAAUGGUUCUGCAAUGGAAAGCAAUUGCCCACGGGUCAUCGUUACCGCACCACCCAUGACUUUGGUUAUGUGGCUUUGGAUAUUCUGUAUGUCUAUGGUGAGGAUACAGGCACCUACAUCUGUAAGGCUACCAAUCUGUUGGGCGAAGCUGUGAACACCUGCAAUGUACGAGUCCUGAACCGUCGCAGCAUGAUCCUGGAUACCCAGCAUCCCGAUGCUUUGGAAAAGAUUCAGAAGCUUGAGUCCAAGGUAGUUAAUGCACGCACUGAGGUCGGAGAAUCACCAAUAAGUCCGCCACACUUCACGGCCGAGCUUCGCGGAACCACCGAGAUCUAUGAAGGUCAAACAGCUCACUUUGAAGCUCAAGUGGCACCAGUCCAUGAUCCCAACCUGCGUAUCGAGUUCUACCAUAAUGGAAAACCCUUGCCAUCGGCGGCCCGCUUCCACAUCACCUUUGAUUUCGGUUAUGUGUCUUUGGACAUUACCCAUGCCGUGGCCGAAGAUGCUGGCGAGUAUUCAGUUCGCGCUGUCAACGCAUUAGGCCAGGCUGUUUCAUCUACGAAUUUGAGGGUUAUUGCCCGAGGUACCAUCAUUUCGGACACUCAGCAUCCUGAGGGCUUGGAGAAGAUUCGCAAGCUCGAGUCGACGGCACCACAUCAACGCCAAGAAAUUGAAACACCUGGCACACGUCAACGUCCAGUGUUCACUCAGCCUUUGCAGAAUAUUGAUCGCAUUAAUGAACACCAGACUGCUCAUUUCGAGGCUCGUCUUAUUCCUGUUGGUGACCCCAACCUCAAGGUGGAAUGGUACCGCAAUGAGAAGCUAAUUGAGGAUAGUUCUCGCAUCACGAAGCAGCAUGACUUUGGUUAUGUUUCACUUGAUAUUUCCCAUAUCCGAAAGGAAGAUGAGGGAGUGUACAUGUGCCGUGCUGUCAAUCCUUUGGGUGAAGCUGUCACAACAGCUUCGAUGCGCGUCGUAUCUGAAGCUAGUAUUCAGAUGGACACACAGCAUCCAGACAGCAUUAGCCGCAUUCAUCAGCUGGAAAAACCCGUGGCUCCACGACCUACCGAGCCCGAACGUCUGUUCGAGAAACCAAUCUUCACGCAAUUGCUUACAGGACCCUCGGAAUUGUGGGAAGGAGCUCAUGCUCACUUUGAAGCACGCGUUGUGCCUGUUGGCGAUCCAUCACUUAAGUUCGAAUGGUUCAUUAAUGGUGUGGAGCUCCAAAUGGGCUCCCGCCUGCGUACAACUCAUGACUUUGGUUUCGUUACCCUGGAUAUUGCUGCAGUUGUGCCGGAGGAUGCAGGUGUCUACAUGUGCCGCGCUUAUAAUGCAGCUGGUGAGGCCGUCUCAUCUACGGCCAUGAAAGUCAAGACCAAGGCCAAUAUUGAUGGACAACCAUUGAUUCCUGAAUCCUGGGAAGCUAUUCGUCUGAAGGAGGCUGCCAUGAACCGUGUACCGGAAAUGUUUGUCGAUUCCACACCACAGCAGGCUCCAGUAUUUACCACCCACUUGCAGAGCUACGACAAAUUGCAUGAAGGUCAGCAUGUAUUGCUGGAAGCUCAGGUCGAACCACGCGCCGAUCCUAACUUGCGUAUUGAAUGGUUCAAGAAUGGAAUUUCUCUAACCACAGGAUCACGUAUUCGCAGUACCUUCGAUUUUGGAUUGGUUACUUUGUCAAUCAAUGGUCUGCGCGAGGACGACUCUGCCAUAUAUACCUGCAAGGCUACUAAUCAAGUGGGUGAAGCUGUGUCGACUUCUUCUUUGAAAAUCGAAGAUCGUCACUGGCUGCAGUCAGAAUCUUUGCAUCCUGAUUCCUUGUCGCGCAUUGGCGAACUGGAGGCACCCAAGGAGGGUCGCCCUGAGGCACCAGAGCCCACAUACGAGACGCCAGUGUUCAUCACUCAUCUGAAUAACAUUGAGUGCAAGGAAAGCGAUAAUGUUCGCUUUGAGUGCAAUGUAGAACCGGCUCGUGAUCCUACUAUGGCGAUUGAGUGGUUCUACAACGGCCAACCAUUGCAGGCUGCAGCCAAAUUCAAGUCUAUUUAUGACUUUGGCUAUUGCGCAUUGGAUCUGAGCAACACAUAUGCCGAAAACAGCGGUGUUUACACCUGCAAGGCGACCAACAGCAAGGGCUCGGCCACCACUUCGGGCACACUCAAGUGCACCGGCGGUAAGACCAUGUUCUUGGACACUCAACAUCCACAGGGUGAAAGCGGUUUGGAGGCUGUACAAGAGACCGAAGAAGCAUUAGCCAACCGCUAUAAUCAGAAAUCAACAAAACCUGAAACCCAAUAUCCACCACCAGUAUGGACCAAGCCGCUCCAAGCCGAGUUCCAUCUAUCGGAGGCUCAACCCAUUCACUUGGAAGCUAAUGUGGAGCCAAAGGAAGAUCCAAAUCUCUUCAUUGAAUGGUAUUUCAAUGGAAAAAUUUUGCAACAUGGCUCUCGUUUCAAGAUGACCACCGAAUUCGGCUUUGUUACAAUGGAUAUGAUUGAAGUUUAUGCCAGAGAUCAAGGUAUCUAUACCUGCAAGGCUUACAACAAGGCUGGCGAAGCCUUUACCUCUACCACCAUAUUCUGCUCAAGCAAGGACAACAUUAUUGAUUCGACUCAACAUCCUAAGGGUGCUGAGGGUUUGGGACAGAUCCAAGACCUAGAGGAUUCCCUUCGCAAGGAUGGCAGCAAACCAGACGCACCAGAACAGGGUAUUCCACCACGCUUUACCACCGAAUUUGUCAACAUUGUUGAUGUCGGUGAGGGCGAAUUGGCUCAUUAUGAGGCCAAUCUUAUUCCCGUGGGCGAUCAAAGCAUGGUCAUCGAAUGGUUCUUUAAUGGCAAGGUAUUGGAGGCCAGUCAUCGUGUGCGUACUAUUUACGCUUUUGGAACUGUAGCAUUGGAAGUUUUGGGUACAAAGAUUGAGGAUACCGGCACCUAUACCUGCCGCGCAACCAACAAGUACGGAACAGCUGAAAUUAGCUGCACUCUGGAGUGCGUUGAUAAGCCACGUGGACAAAAACCACGUUUCACUUCGCAUCCCCAACCGCUACAGGGCUUAAAGGACAGUCAAUCGGCUCAUUUCGAAUGCACUUUGAUUCCAGUCAACGAUCCAGAUCUUAAGGUUGAAUGGUAUCACAAUAACAAGCUCUUACGCCACUCCAACCGCAUCAAGACUGUCUCCGAUUUUGGUUAUGUCGUAUUGGACAUUGCUUACUUGCAGGAUCAUGAUAGCGGCGAGUAUGUGUGCCGCGCAUGGAACAAAUACGGUGAAGAUUUCACUAGAACUACCCUCAACUGCGGUGGACGUGGUGGUGUCUUUUAUGACAGCUUGCAGCCCGAUUCUCUGCCUAGAAUCCGUGAAUUGGAGUGCCCUCAGGGGCAACAGGCAGACACUGGUGCUCCAUUGGUUGCCGAGCCACCCAAAUUUAUCACUCAAAUCAGCGAUGUUACUAAGCUGGUUGAAGGUCAAAGCGCUCACUUUGAGGCUCGUCUCACACCUGUUACCGAUCCUGAUUUGGUUGUUGAAUGGUAUUUCAAUGGCAAGAAAUUGCCACAUGGCCAUCGUUUCCGUACUUUCCAUGAUUUCGGUAUUGUUAUUUUGGAUAUUCUCUAUUGCUAUGAGGAGAACUCUGGUGUCUAUGAGUGCCGCGCUGUCAAUAAAUAUGGUGAGGAUGUUACCCGGGCAAGUUUGAAGUGCGCCUCGAAGGCCAGCCUAAUUCUUGACUCACAAUUGCCACGUGGCAUGGAAGGUGGUUUGGAGAAGAUUGCAAAUCUGGAGUACAGCAUGGUACGUACUCGUGACGAAACCACCGAAGAGACCAAGGGCAAGGCGCCUGUAUUCACUGUUCCCUUGGAAAAUAUUGACAAUUUGCGUGAAGGUGAGAAUGCUCAUUUCGAGGCUCGUAUUACACCCGCAGAUGAUCCCAAACUGAAGGUUGAAUGGUAUUGGAAUGGACGUCCUCUGAAGGCAGGAUCGCGCUUCCGUACUUUCUGUGACUUUGGUUUCGUCAUCUUGGAAAUUUCACCCGUCUACCCUGAAGAUUCGGGCGAGUAUUCGUGCCGUGCGAUUAAUGAGUAUGGUGAAGCUGUGACCACUGCUACCAUGAAGAUUCAAGGUAAACGAAGCAUCAUUAUGGAGUCCCAGUUGCCCAAGGGCAUGGAAGGAACCAUUGAUCGUAUUGCCGAAUUGGAAGGCUUGGGCACCCGCAGCACUGAGUUUGUGCCCGAUGACGACACUGGCAAGCCGCCAGAGUUUAUCACCACACCAUUCGAUAUGGUCAUCACGGAGAACUCAUUGGCACACUUUGAAUGCCGUCUGCAACCCAUUAACGAUCCCUCAAUGCGUGUGGACUGGUUCCACAAUGGCAAGGCUUUGUGGGCUGGCUCCCGCAUUAAGACCAUUAACGAUUUUGGUUUUGUUAUUCUCGAAAUUGCUGGUUGUUAUCAACGUGACACGGGUCUGUACACCUGCAAGGCGACCAACAAGCAUGGUGAGGCGACCGUUUCUUGCAAACUGCAAGUUAAGGGACGCCAGGGAAUCAUUAUGGAGCCCCAGUUGCCGUCGAACUUCCGCACUGGAACAGAAAGUUUGCAGAAAUUGGAGGAGAGCAUGCAUAAGCGUGAAGAAAUUGUCAUCGAUGAUGAGCAACCCAAUCCACCCAAGUUCACCGAAGAAAUCAAGGAUAAUUUGGAUGUACCCGAAGGUGGUCCAGUUCACUUUGAUUGUCGUGUGGAGCCUGUUGGUGAUCCCUCAAUGCGUAUUGAAUGGUUCUACAAUGGACGUGCUAUGGCCACUGGUUCGAGAGUGCAUCAAUUGAAUGAUUUUGGUUUCAUUGCCAUGGACAUUGAUUACAUCUAUGCUCGCGAUUCUGGAGAGUACACAUGCCGUGCCACCAACAAGUGGGGAACUGCCACAACAACUGCCAAGGUUAGCUGCAAGGGCAAACACAACAUUGUCUAUGAGUCGCAGCUGCCUGAGGGCAUGACAUCUGAGAAAUUGAAAGAACUAGAACGCGGACGCAUUCCUGAGGCACCCAAGGUGGUUGAACAGGAGUUUGGUCCACCAAAGUUCACUACCCAGAUCUCGUCACUCACCGUCGAGGAGGCAGAGGCCGUUAGAUUCGAAUGCCAGGUGGAACCCAAGACAGAUCCAAGUCUGCGUGUCGAAUGGUAUCGCAAUGGCAAACCCUUGCCAUCUGGUCAUCGUUAUAGAAACAUCUUUGACAUGGGUUUCGUAUCCCUGGAUAUUUUAUAUGUCUAUGGUGAGGACUCUGGUGAAUAUGUUUGCCGGGCCAUUAACAAUCACGGCGAAGAUCGCACCAAGGCAACUGUCUCAUGCAAGAAGCUUCCUACAAUUCUGCUGCAAAACCAAGUGCCACGUGGCAUGAAACGUUCGGAAACGUUGACUCAAAUGGAAGCCACCAUCAAGAAGUACACUUCCGAGGUGCAUUUGACUGAAGACGAUCUCUUUGAUCCUGAUCGCAAGCAGCCACCUCGCUUCGUUACCCAAAUAAAGGAACAGACCAACUUAACCGAAAUGGCUGUCACCAAAUUCGAAUGCCAAUUGGCGCCUGUGGGCGAUCCCAACAUGAAAGUGGAAUGGUUCUUCAAUGGCAAACCCUUGCUAUACAAAAACCGCUUCCAGCCUAUUUAUGAUUUUGGUUAUGUGGCCAUGAACUUUGGCUGGGUUUAUCCCGAGGAUAGCGGUGAAUAUGUUUGCCGUGCCACCAAUUUGUAUGGCAUGGAUGAAACCCGUGCCAUUAUCAAGGUGUCUGGCAAGCCAGGCAUUGUCUAUGAUUCUCAGCUGCCUGCUCAUAUGCAGAGUAUUGAUCGCAUUCGAGAAAUGGAAGCCUCCUGGCAAGUUGUUCCUGAAGAAGUUGAUCCCGAUGCAAAGCCCCGCACUAAGCCAGUCUUUGUUAGCAAAUUGGAACCCCAAGUUGUGGAGGAAGGCGAACCGGCUCGUUUCUGCGUGCGUGUGACUGGACAUCCUCGUCCUAGAGUGAUGUGGUUGAUUAAUGGCCACACUGUUGUUCAUGGCUCACGCUAUAAGCUAACUAAUGAUGGCAUGUUCCAUCUGGAUAUACCAAAGACCCGUCAAUACGAUACCGGUAAAGUAGAAGUGAUUGCUCGCAAUUCUGUUGGCGAAUCGAUUGCUACAACUGAACUGAAGGUAGUGGCACGUUCUGAUGAUUACCGCAACGUGUUGAAGAACUCUCCACGACCAUGGUAUGAUUAUGAGCUAGCUGCCUAUCAGAAGGAACGUCAAGAUAACGAACUGGAAAAGGUAUUCGAUGAGCGUAAGCAAUAUUUGUCCGAACAGAGUGCCCACACGUUGAAGGGCGUAGAGCAUUUGAAGCCCAAGCAAUACAAGCCUCAAACCCCAGAAUGGCAACAGAGUGUCAAGGCCAAGAAGAGUGAGGAGUACUACAAUAAGAUUCAAGAACUUGAAACCGAGCAACUGCUCAAGGAGACCAAUUUGCGUAAAGAUAAUCAUCAAUAUGCCAUACCCGGUGAGAAGGUCGUAAGCAGUUCGGCAGCCAAAGGAAUGGCCCACUCCUACGAAGAGAAUCUUCAAGAGCAAACAAGCACUGCUCAGAUCAAGCCUGCUCCACCAAAGGGUACCGCUGAGCCAUCAGAGUCAUCGGUUCAUGGACGUGAAGUCCAUAUGAAUAAGCAACAACAAGUGCAAAAGGAAAUCCAAGGCGAUCUAGAGAUUACACGCAAAAUCACAGCCACUGAGACCACUGAAGUGGAACACAAGGGCACCAUACAAGAACGUGUCGUCAAGGGCCCCGUUAAGCCGGCCAAGGCACCCGUUUUUACCAAGAAAAUUCAACCCUGCCGCGUCUUUGAGAACGAACAGGCCAAGUUCGAGGUGGAGUUCGAUGGUGAACCCAAUCCGACAGUGAAAUGGUAUCGCGAAAGCUUCCCUAUUCAGAAUUCACCAGAUUUGCAGAUCCAUACAUUUAGCGGCAAGUCCGUUUUGAUCAUCCGUCAAGUGUUUAUUGAAGAUUCGGCCGUCUUUUCUUGUGUGGCCGAGAACCGUGGUGGAACUGCCAAGUGCAGUGCCAAUUUGGUGGUAGAAGAGCGCCGACGUGCCGGUAAGGGAGGAAUUCAGCCACCCAGCUUUGUGAGCACCAUCCAGAGCACUACUGUAGCCACUGGUCAGUUGGCACGUUUCGACGCCAAGGUCACUGGCACUCGUCCCAUGGAUGUUUAUUGGCUAAAGAACGGAAUGAAGAUUCAGCCUAGCAUCAAGUUUAAGAUGCUUGAGGAGGAUAGCGUUCAUACUCUACUGAUUAUUGAACCUUUUGCUGAGGAUUCUGGCCGUUAUGAGUGUGUGGCUGUAAAUGCUUCUGGUGAGGCACGUUGCGAUGGUGAUUGCAUUGUUCAAUCGCCUACUAAGCCAGAUAAGCCAACUACCCCAGGCAGUGAGAAGGCUCCACACAUUGUGGAACAGUUGAAGAGCCAAUCCGUUGAAGAGGGCAGCAAGGUUAUCUUCCGUUGUCGUGUCGAUGGCAAACCAACUCCUACAGCACGCUGGAUGCGUGGUGAAAAUUUUGUAAAACCAUCGCGUUACUUCCAAAUGACACGCCAGGGCGAAUACUAUCAGCUUAUCAUUUCGGAGGCAUUCCCCGAAGAUGAGGGCACCUACAAGUGUGUGGCCGAGAAUAAACUGGGCAGCAUUCAGACCAGUGCGCAGUUGAAAGUGCGUCCCAUUGAGAACUUGGAUGCACCACCAACAAUUACGGCUUUAAAGGAUGUUUCGGUGACUGAAGGUAUGCCGGCUCAAUUCAAAACGACCGUUACAGGCAAGGUUAAGGCCACCAGUGUGCAAUGGUUCCGUGAGGGACAGCUUAUACCAGAGACACCCGAUUUCCAGAUGAUCUUUGAUGGCAACAGUGCUGUACUUUUGAUUGGCACCACCUACGAGGAAGAUUCGGGCAUCUUUACAGUACGUGUAACUUCCUCAACAGGACAAGUCGAGUCAUCAGCCAAACUGACUGUUAAAAAACGACGUAUCUCGGCUUUUCAAUUGCGCACAAUUGAUUCUGCCGAAGAUGAGUCUUCUUCUUCUGGCCGGGAAGAUAGUGCACCUGAAUCACAAUAUCCCCAGCAGCCAGGUCAACAACAGCCCGGCCAACAGCAGUAUGGCCAAUUUUUGGGGGUCAAUGGUCAAGUGCAGCAUCAGGGACGCUCCCGUACCAAGAAACCUAAAGUGCGCAGCAAAUCCCUGCAGCCACCGACCAAUGUGAUACCAUGGCGUAAGGCUUCGCGACCAAAUCGUGGUCGUUCAUUGGACAAACAGCCCUUCCUGCCCGGCUUCAAGCCCGAGCCGGUCAAGUCAUGGACUGAGGAAACAAUAAGUCUUAAAGCCACGCCCAUUGAGAAGAAAAAGCCAACGCCCAAGCUAGAAGCUGCACAGGUCGUUUUAAAAUCCAUUAAGACAGAGCGUGAUCAAGGCAUUAUGAGUUUGGGUGCUACACUAGAGCAGAUUAUUGCUGGAAAGACAGAAAAGGAAGCAGUUCCAUGGAUUACUAUGCGGGAAAAGCUUAAGCAAGUGGAAAGCGUACAAGAACAAUUAAAUAAAUUUGAUUUAGAUGAGGUUUAUUUGCGUCCCCUGGAGGGACAAAUUGAGACUGAUCAACAAUUGCCUCAACAGGCUCAGGUAGAACAAGUGAAACGCACUCAAGAAAUUCAACGUCUGAAGAGCAUGGAGAGUGUUGAGAUUAUGGAGAUGACCGAUCAGAUAGAUAAGCUAAUCACACAGCAGCAGAAUAAUAAGGAUCUGAUACCGUGGAAGGAGAUGCGUCAGCAGCUCAAGAGUGUUCAGCGUGUCACUAAACAGAUGGAUAAAUUCAAAAUUGAAGAGGUUGAACUACGCCAUCUGCAGGCUCAGCAGGCCAUUAGUGAGGAUCUGAUUACAAUGACAAUCGAUGAUAGUUCAAAGGGUUCCAUUUCCAAGAUAAUGCAACGUGAUCAGAUACAACAUUAUGAGGAUCAAACGAACCUAUAUAAACAGCAAUUCAUAACGAGUGAAGAUGUUAACAUAAUGCAUGUUUCGGAGCGCGAACAACUUGAGGCCCAAAGACUGCUUCAACAGCAACAGGCAGUCAAUUGGCGUCAACAGCAACAACAACGUCCUGAGCUUCAACCUCAGACCUCGGUGCAAGAUACUAUACUGGACCAACAGACUCAGGAGCGACAAAGGCUUGUCCAACAACAAAGCCUUAUAGAGGAGGCCCAACGCCAGCAAUUUGUUCAAAUUGAGGAUACCCAGAUGAUGACUCUGGAGCAGUAUGAACAUCAGAAGAUGAUAAAUUUGCGUAAUCAGCAAGAAGCUUUCCAUUGGCGAGAGCCACGUCAACCUCAAAAAUUCAUUCAAGUUGAAGAUUCUUCUGUCCUACAGUUGCAGGAGCGAACAGAUACUCAAGAACAACAGUUACUCCAACAACAGCCAGUUAUGUGGGAGCGUGGUAAAAAGAAGCCAGAGCAACCCCAAGCCUAUCAGCCACAGCCGCAACCAACUCAAGAGGAAUAUUUCGACAAGCCACAGACCUAUGAGGAAAUGCAUGAUGAGCUGAUAGAACCAGUUCCUGUUCAGCAACCACAGCCAGUGCCAGUUAUGUGGGAGCGCGGCAAAAAGAAACCAGUUCAGCCCGCGCAAAAGACCUAUGAGGAAGCGCAUGAUGAGUUGGUUGAGCCGUUACCAAUUCAACAGCCCGAACAGUUACCUGUGCUUUGGGAACGUGGCAUGAAAAAGAAAACAAUUGAUCAGGAAGUUUCAAUAACGCAGGAAAUAAGCGAAACAUCACAGGUGGUGGAGCAGCAUGUUGUCGAAGAAACCAAAAAGACAGCUGUUCGACGUGUCAUACCACCAAGAGAGCCGGAACAGAAGGUUGAACAGGUUCAACUAAAGCCAACACCGCGACAGCGUCCAAAGGAAGCUCAAAGGAGUGAGGAAUUCCAAUUAAAACCUCUAAAGACAACAAGACUAAUACAACAGAACGUCGAAGAGACUUCGCAGAAAGCUUAUGAAGAAGCAACCGAUGAAUUGCCGGAAGAGAUUGUGCCAGAAGAGCAAGAACAGCCGCAACCCGUUAUGUGGGAACGUGGCAAGAAAAAGCAAACCGAGCAGCCAAAGCAACAAGAAGUUGCAACAGAGCCUAAAACUCUUGAAGUUGCUAUUGAUACUUUGGAUGAAGACACAGUGCAGCCUGUUGAACCGCAGGCACAGCCAGUAAUGUGGGAACGUGGUAAAAAGAAGAAGCCUCAGCAACCAGCAGUUGAAGAAGUACCCAAGACACUCGAGGUUGCUGUCGAUACCAUAGAGGAACAAACCGUAAAACCUACUCAACCCGAACCACAACCCGUUCUAUGGGAACGUGGCAAGAAGAAGAAGCCACAACCACAAGAAAUUGUCCAAGAAAAGGUUGAGGAAGUACCAUCCAAGACUUAUGAAGAAGCAAUAGAUGUCCUUCCCGAAGAUGCUAAGGUUGAAGACAAGCCAGUGCCAGUGAUAUGGCAGCGCGGAAAAAAGAAGGCACCGGCACCAACCAAAGCAGAUGAAGAACAACAUCCUGACGAAGUUGAUGCACAAGUAGAAAAAAUUGUGGAGGAUGUCAUCCAAGACGAGGAAGAAGUUGUUGAAGUAAAGCGUAAGGUUAAAAAGGUAAAGAAACCAAAAACAAUUCAGCAAGUUUCUGAAGAAGUUCAAGAACAGCCUGAAGAAGAGGUUCUUCAAGAAGAAGUGAUUGAGGAUCAAGAAGAGAUAGUUGAAGAAAAACGCAAAAUCAAGAAAGUUAAGAAACCAAAACAACCUAAGGAGUUGACUGAAGAGGAACAGCCCGAAGAGGAAAUUCCAGAAGAGGAAGUCGUUGAGCAAGAAGAAGUGGUCGAAGAACAAGAAGAGGUUGUUGAAGAAAAACGCAAGGUUAAGAAGGUUAAGAAACCUAAGCAACCUAAGGAAGUGACUGAGGAAAUUGAAGAACAGGAACCUGAAGAAGAAAUUCAAGAGGAAGUUGAAGUAGAAGAGGAGAUUGUAGAAGAAAAGCGAAAGGUUAAGAAAAUUAAGAAACCAAAGUCCACUGUAGAAAAGACUGAGAUCGAGGAAGAUCAGCCCGACGAAAUAGUUCCACAGGAAGAUGUUAUUGAGGAGCAAGAAGAAGUAGUGGAAGAGAAGCGCAAGGUGAGGAAGAUUAAAAAACCAAAGAAGAAGGUUACUGAGCAAGGUGUAGAAGAGCAACCUGAAGAGCUUGAAGAAACACAACCUGAAGAAGUAGAAGAGGUUGAAGAAACGAUCACUGAAGAACCGAAAAAGACAAAGCCUAUUAUCCAACCACAAGAAGUUGAGCAAGUGGAAAAAGUAACGCUAAAGCCAGUUGCAAGAAAGCAAAGACCAAUUCCCGAGAAAGAGCAAGUGGAGGAAAUUUCUUUGAAACCUUUGAAAAAGACUACUAUUGUCUCGGAAACGUCACAGCCGGAAACACCAGAAGUUGAAGAUGUUCCAAAGGAAGAAAUUAUCAGCACUGAGGAUCAAAUUGUUGAUGUUACAAAGAAGCGGGUUAAGAAGAAAAAGCCCAAAACAAAGAUUCCGACUGAAGAAUCUGUAGAAGAACCCGUCGAAGAUGUAGAAGAGCUCGAAGAGGAAGAACAGAUCGAAGAAAUUCAACCUGUGGAGGAAGAAGUCAUUGAGGAACAGCCUACGGAACAGCCUACACUAGAAAAGGUUGGUCCCAAGCCCAAGCCACAGAAACAAGAAAUUGUUGAAAAGGUUGAAGAAGUUGCUUUGAAACGAACAACUAGACCAAAGAAACAGUUGCCGCAGGAGGCAACCAUUGAAGAAGUGCGUCUUAAGCCCACGAAGCGUACAUCCGUUAAACCCGAGGAAGUUACGCUUGAAGACGUAAAUCUUCAGCAUGUUGAAAAGGUUGACGAAGAGAUUGUGCAAGAGGAGAAACGUAAAACCAAAAAGGUUAAGAAACCAAAGCACGAAGAUCUUCCCGAAAUCGCUGAUGCCGAACCAACACAAUUGGAGGAAGCUGAGCAUAUUGAUAUUGAGAAGGAACCCAAACCUGAAGAAGAACAACCUCAAGUACCAUGGAAACGAGGCGAGAAAAAGAAGCCAGUCGAAGAGGUGUUGGAAGAGAAGCAGUGGCCUUCUGGAAGGCGCCGUCCCCUUCCACAAGAGCAGCCUGAGGAGGUGCAGCUCAAGCCAAUUCCAGCCACGCCAGUCGAAGAGCCCCAAAAGCCCGAAAAAGCCAUUCCUGGACCUAAGCUUGUGCCUGAAGAGAAACCAGUUAGUGAAGAAGAAGAACUUGAACUAGAACCUCUAACGGUUCCUGACGACAAAGAGCCAAAGGAGAAGAUCAAAAAAGAAAAGAAGAAGAAGCCUAAGCUAAAGAAGGCAACACCCUCGGUAGAUGAAUUAUCUGAAGAAGUGGCUGAGCCAUUCGCAGAGCCCAUCGCAGAGGAAGAUCAAGUGGAAGAGCUUCCAGUUGAUGAUGUUAAAGUAGUCGCAGUUUCUGAAGAUGUGUUGCCUGAAGAGGAAGUGGUGCCUACCGAAGAGACACCAGAAACUAAGCAGAAGGCUCAUAAGAAACGCACAAAACGCCUAAAGGAGGCUUCGAUUGAGGGUCAGCCACAACUAUUGGAGGCUGCCAUUGCCGAAAUCGAAAAGGUCGAUGAAAUAUCGCAAGAGAUCUCACAAAAGACUAUUACCCUAUUGAAAAAGACUGAAGACACAAGACCUCAAUUCAUAACGACUGAGCAGCUCAUUGAACUGGAUGUAGAAGAUGUGCGCCGUGAUCUGGAAAUGAAGGUCACUUCCAAUAUAAUUAAAAAAGAGAAGAGACGUGUGGUUCUUGAUGAUAGUCAACCGUUGCCGGAAUUAGAGUUAAUCACCCAGAAACGUAUUCAGGAAGGUAUUGAUAAAAUGGCCGAUGAGGAGCUGAUUGAAGAUCAACAACUAAUACAAAAUCAACAAGAGACCACAACCUCUGAAGUGAUUGGCCAGGAACGCAAGUUGGUCAAGAAAAAGAAGAAGGAAAUCAAACCGCCACGCAUUACAGAGAAGUUGCGGCCCCGCCAGUGCGUGCCAGAGGAACCAACCGUUCUGGAAUGCAAAGUGGAAGGUGUACCAUUCCCAGAGAUUAAUUGGUACUUUAACGACAUUCUACUUUUUGCAUCGGAGAAGUAUGAGAUAACCGUCGUAGAGCAGGUGGCCCAACUGAAGAUAGCAAAGGUAACUCCCAGUGAUGUGGGUGUCUAUACAUGUGAGGCCAAGAAUGAAGCUGGAGUCGCGACAAGUCGUACCAACAUAAUUUUAGAAAAAGAACAAGGCGUUGCUCCGCAGUUUACGAAACCUCUUAAGAUAGAGUUUACAGAAGAAAAGCAGCCGGAGCGUUUGAAGGUUACGGUUACCUGUCAGGUGGCAGGCAAACCAAGUCCUCAGGUUAAAUGGUAUCGAGGCAUUGAAGAAGUUAUACCCAGUGAAACUGUGCAAAUGUUCUAUAACGAACAAACCGGCGAUGUGGCACUGGAGGUUAUUAAUCCAACUCCCAAUGAGGCUAUUACCUAUUCUGUGCAGGCACAGAAUCAAUUCGGUCGUGCUAUUGGAAAUGCAAACAUUAUGAGUCGAUUGGAUGAGGUGCCGAAAGAGAUUUUGAAGGCACCGACUGUUACACCACUGACCGCUGAAGUGAUACCGACCGGAGGAACUUUGUUCUUCGAGGUCAAGUAUGAUGGUAUGCCCAAACCCGAGAUUCGAUGGAUGCGCAACGGUCGUGAAGUUAUUGAAAAUGAGGAGACGAUCAUAGAGACUACAGAGACAACUACGACCAUUAAAGUAAUUAAUAUGAAUCGUAAGCGUACUGGCAAAUAUGAGGUCUGGGCCAAAAACAAGGUGGGUGAAGCUAAGGCUUCAGGUUCCGUUGUGGUAUCUGAUCAAAAACCGGAUAAGCAAAUCCGGCCACCACGUUUUGUGCAACCGCUAGAACCCAAGUAUUUUGGCGAACAUGAAGUGGCCAUACUUGAAGCAGUUGUUGAUUCUGAACCCCUGUCAUCGUUCCAAUGGUUUGUGCACAACGAGCCUAUUAAGAGCUCUAAUGAAUGUCGCAUUGUCAGUCAAGCCAAUAGGACGACGCUGCUAAUUGAGGACUUCCAGAAGAAGUUUACAGGACCCUUCACUUGUCGGGCAGAGAAUGUUGGCGGCUCUGUAACAUCUACGGCUAGUGUAAAUCUGUUGGAGGCAUUGCCACAGGAGGAAGCCGUUGAAUUUGAGUCGCCACGUUUCGUUGAAGAACUAAUUCAGCCCGUGGAAGUGAUGGAUGGCGAAGCUUUGCUGCUAACUUGCCAAGUAACUGGCAAGCCCACACCCAAAGUGGAGUGGUACCACAAUGAGGAAAAGAUAACUGAAACUAAGGAAACAACCAUAUCGCAGAAUUUGCAAGGCAUCUGCCAAUUGCAGAUAACUGAAGUUUUUCCCGAAAAUCAAGGCCUAUACAAAUGUGUGGCCACCAAUAAGAUUGGCAAGAGCGUAACCAAGACAAACGUUAAGAUUCAAGCAUUUGAAUAUAUCCCCGAUUCUGAAAUCACUGGACUCACAGGAUCUGAGGAGGAUCUACUUGAUAGAACCAUCUCAAUCGACGAACAAGCACCGAAAAUUAUUAAAAAGCUACCAGAAAAAAUCGAACCCAAAGAGGGUGAACAAGCGAAAUUGGAGGUUAAAGUUAUUGGAAAACCGAAACCGAAAGUCAAAUGGCUACGUGACGACGAGCAGAUAUUCGCCUCUGAGGAAUAUCAAAUCGAAAAUUUCGACGAUGGCACCUCAGUGCUGGUUAUCAAUCAUGUGUAUCCCGAUGAUUUGGGUACAAUUAGUUUUGAAGCAUACAAUCCGCUGGGCGUGGCUGUGACCACGGCAUUAUUUGCAGUAGAAGGCAUCGUUGGAUCUAAGGACUACCGCAAACCAGAAUGGGUUACUCACAUGGAGGAAAUGCAGGUGGCUCUGAAAGAUACAAAGCAAACCCUAGACACAAAACACACAACACAAAAGACACCAACACAAAAAAAAGAAACAAAUGAAACCAAAAUUGAGGAGGUUCCCGAAACUAUUCAAGUUUUUGAAGAAAUUUCGGAGGAUGGCAAACCGAAAAAAAAGAAGAUCCGUACACGUGUCAUUAAAAAGAUCAAGGGUGAUAAGCAAGAAAUCACAAAGAUCGAAACAGUUGAAGAGGAUAACAAGCAACCGGAAACUACUGUCACAGUCGAGGAGGUUCCUUUGGAAAGUGAACAGCCUGAAGAAAUUAAGGAACUUCCAGAGGAAGUACGAAUUGUUGAAACCGUAACUGAAGACGGCAAGCCCAAGAAAAAGAAGAUCCGUACGCGAGUCAUCAAGAAAGUCAAAGGUGACAAACAAGAAGUAACCAAGAUCGAGACUAUAGAAGAGGACGACAAGCAACCAGAAACUACUGUCACAGUAGAAGAGGUCGCUUUUGAGGAAGACCAUCCCGAAGAAAUCAAGGAACUUCCAGAGGAGGUACGCGUUGUUGAAACUAUCGCUGAAGACGGCAAACCCAAGAAAAAGAAGAUCCGUACACGAGUCAUCAAGAAAGUCAAAGGUGACAAACAAGAAGUAACCAAGAUCGAGACUAUCGAAGAGGAAGACAAGCAACCAGAAACCACUGUCACAGUAGAAGAGGUCGCUUUUGAAGAAGACCAACCCGAAGAAAUCAAGGAACUUCCAGAAGAGGUACGCGUUGUUGAAACAAUCGCUGAAGACGGCAAACCAAAGAAGAAAAAGAUUCGCACACGAGUUAUUAAAAAGGUCAAGGGUGACAAACAAGAAGUCACCAAGAUCGAGACUAUCGAAGAGGAUGACAAACAACCAGAAACUACUGUCACAGUAGAAGAGGUUGCUUUUGAGGAAGACCAUCCCGAAGAAAUCAAGGAACUUCCAGAGGAGGUACGCGUUGUUGAAACAAUCGCUGAAGACGGCAAACCAAAGAAGAAAAAGAUUCGCACACGAGUUAUUAAAAAGGUCAAGGGUGACAAACAAGAAGUCACCAAGAUCGAGACUAUCGAAGAGGAUGACAAACAACCAGAAACUACUGUCACAGUAGAAGAGGUUGCUUUUGAGGAAGACCAUCCCGAAGAAAUCAAGGAACUUCCAGAGGAGGUACGCGUUGUUGAAACUAUUGCUGAAGACGGCAAACCCAAGAAAAAGAAGAUCCGUACACGAGUCAUCAAGAAGAUCAAGGGUGACAAACAAGAAGUCACCAAGAUCGAGACUAUCGAAGAGGACGACAAGCAACCAGAAACCACUGUCACAGUAGAAGAGGUCGCUUUUGAGGAAGACCAACCCGAAGAAAUCAAGGAACUUCCAGAAGAGGUACGCGUUGUUGAAACAAUUGCUGAAGACGGCAAACCAAAGAAGAAAAAGAUUCGCACACGAGUUAUUAAAAAGGUCAGGGGUGACAAACAAGAAGUUACCAAGAUCGAGACUGUGGAAGAGGACGACAAGCAACCAGAAACCACUGUCACAGUAGAAGAGGUUCCUGUAGAGGAAGGCCAGCCUGAAGAAAUAAAGGAACUUCCAGAAGAGGUACGCGUUGUUGAAACAAUCGCUGAAGACGGCAAACCAAAGAAGAAAAAGAUCCGUACGCGAAUCAUCAAGAAGGUCAAGGGUGACAAACAAGAAGUAACCAAGAUUGAGACUAUCGAAGAGGAUGACAAGCAACCUGAAACUACUGUGACAGUCGAAGAGGUUCCUUUUGAGGAAGAUCAGCCCGAAGAAAUUAAGGAACUUCCUGAAGAGGUACGAGUUGUUGAAACUAUCACCGAAGAAGGCAAACCCAAAAAGAAGAAGAUCCGAACUCGAGUCAUCAAAAAGGUCAGAGGUGACAAACAAGAAGUCACAAAGAUCGAGACUAUCGAAGAGGACGACAAGCAACCAGAAACCACGGUCACAGUCGAAGAGGUUCCUGCUGAGAAAGACCAGCCUGAAGAAAUAAAGGAACUUCCAGAAGAGGUACGCGUUGUUGAAACAAUUACUGAGGACGGCAAACCAAAGAAGAAAAAGAUUCGCACACGAGUUAUUAAAAAGGUCAAGGGUGACAAACAAGAAGUCACCAAAAUCGAGACUAUCGAAGAGGAUGACAAGCAACCAGAAACUACUGUCACAGUAGAAGAAGUUGCUUUUGAGGAAGACCAGCCCGAAGAAAUCAGGGAACUUCCAGAAGAGGUACGCGUUGUUGAAACUAUUGCUGAAGAUGGUAAACCUAAGAAGAAGAAGAUCCGUACUCGAGUUAUCAAGAAGAUCAAGGGUGACAAACAAGAAGUAACAAAGAUCGAGACUAUCGAAGAGGACGACAAGCAACCAGAAACCACUGUCACACUAGAAGAGGUCGCUUUUGAGGAAGACCAUCCCGAAGAAAUCAAGGAACUUCCAGAGGAGGUACGCGUUGUUGAAACUAUUGCUGAAGACGGCAAACCCAAGAAAAAGAAGAUCCGUACACGAGUCAUCAAGAAGAUCAAGGGUGACAAACAAGAAGUCACCAAGAUCGAGACUAUCGAAGAGGACGACAAGCAACCAGAAACCACUGUCACAGUAGAAGAGGUCGCUUUUGAGGAAGACCAACCCGAAGAAAUCAAGGAACUUCCAGAAGAGGUACGCGUUGUUGAAACAAUCGCUGAAGACGGCAAACCAAAGAAGAAAAAGAUUCGCACACGAGUUAUUAAGAAGGUCAAGGGUGACAAACAAGAAGUCACCAAGAUCGAGACUAUUGAAGAGGAUGAAAAAAAACCAGAAACUACUGUCACAGUAGAAGAGGUUGCUUUUGAGGAAGACCAUCCCGAAGAAAUCAAGGAACUUCCAGAGGAGGUAUGCGUUGUUGAAACUAUUGCUGCAGACGGCAAACCCAAGAAAAAGAAGAUCCGUACACGAGUCAUCAAGAAGAUCAAGGGUGACAAACAAGAAGUCACCAAGAUCGAGACUAUCGAAGAGGACGACAAGCAACCAGAAACCACUGUCACAGUAGAAGAGGUCGCUUUUGAGGAAGACCAACCCGAAGAAAUCAAGGAACUUCCAGAAGAGGUACGCGUUGUUGAAACAAUCGCUGAAGACGGCAAACCAAAGAAAAAGAAGAUCCGUACAAGAGUCAUCAAAAAGGUCAAGGGCGACAAACAAGAGGUCACAAAGAUUGAGGUCGUCGAAGAGGAUGACAAGCAACCUGAAACUACUGUCACAAUCGAAGAGGUUUCAGUUAAGGAAGAAAAGCCUGAAAAAAUUAAGGAACUUCCAGAGGAGGUACACGUUGUUGAAACCAUAACUGAAGAUGGCAAACCAAAGAAGAAGAAGAUCCGUACACGAGUCAUCAAGAAGAUCAAGGGCGACAAACAAGAAGUCACAAAGAUUGAGGUCGUCGAAGAGGAUGACAAACCAUCUGAAACUACUGUCACAGUCGAAGAGGUUCCUGUAGAGCAAGACCAGCCGGAAGAAAUUAAGGAACUUCCAGAAGAGGUACACGUUGUUGAAACCAUAACAGAAGAUGGCAAACCAAAGAAGAAGAAGAUCCGUACACGAGUCAUCAAGAAGAUCAAGGGCGACAAACAAGAAGUCACAAAGAUUGAGGUCGUCGAAGAGGAUGACAAGCCAUCCGAAACUACUGUUACAGUCGAAGAAGUUCCUGUUGAGAAAGACCUGCAGGAAGAAAUAAAGGAACUUCCUGAAGAGUUACGAGUUGUUGAAACCAUCACUGAAGAUGGCAUACCAAAGAAAAAGAAGAUCCGUACACGAGUCAUCAAGAAGGUCAAGGGUGACAAACAAGAAGUCACCAAGAUCGAGACUAUCGAAGAGGACGACAAGCAACCAGAAACCACUGUCACAGUAGAAGAGGUUCCUGUAGAGCAAGACCAGCCGGAAGAAAUUAAGGAACUUCCUGAAGAGGUACGUGUUAUUGAAACCAUCACUGAAGAUGGCAAACCAAAGAAGAAGAAGAUCCGUACACGGGUCAUCAAAAAGGUCAAGGGUGACAAACAAGAAGUCACAAAGAUUGAAGUCGUCGAAGAGGAUGACAAGCCAUCUGAAACUACUGUUAUAGUCGAAGAGGUUCCAGUUGAGAAAGACCAGCCUGAAGAAAUCAAAGAACUUCCAGAAGAAGUGCGCGUUGUUGAAACCAUCACUGAAGAUGGCAUACCAAAGAAAAAGAAGAUCCGUACACGAGUCAUUAAGAAGGUCAAGGGUGACAAACAAGAAGUUACAAAGAUCGAGACUGUGGAAGAGGACGACAAGCAACCUGAAACUACUGUCACAAUCGAAGAGGUUCCUGUAGAGCAAGACCAGCCGGAAGAAAUUAAGGAACUUCCUGAAGAGGUACGUGUUAUUGAAACCAUCACUGAAGAUGGCAAACCAAAGAAAAAGAAGAUCCGUACAAGAGUCAUCAAAAAGGUCAAGGGCGACAAACAAGAGGUCACAAAGAUUGAGGUCGUCGAAGAGGAUGACAAGCAACCUGAAACUACUGUCACAAUCGAAGAGGUUUCUGUAGAGCAAGACCAGCCGGAAGAAAUUAAGGAACUUCCAGAAGAGGUACACUUUGUUGAAACCAUAACUGAAGAUGGCAAACCAAAGAAGAAGAAGAUCCGUACACGAAUCAUUAAGAAGGUCAAGGGUGACAAACAAGAAGUCACCAAGAUCGAGACUGUGGAAGAGGACGACAAGCAACCAGAAACCACUGUCACAGUAGAAGAGGUUCCUGUAGAGCAAGACCAACCGGAAGAAAUGAAGGAACUUCCUGAAGAGGUACGUGUUAUUGAAACAAUUACUGAAGAUGGCAAACCAAAGAAGAAGAAGAUCCGUACACGAGUCAUCAAGAAGGUCAAGGGUGAUAAACAAGAAGUGACAAAGAUCGAGACUAUAGAAGAGGACGACAAACAACCUGUAACUACUGUCACAAUUGAAGAGGUUCCUGUUAAGGAAGAAAUGCCGGAAGAAAUUAAGGAACUUCCAGAGGAGGUACGCGUUGUUGAAACCAUCACUGAAGAUGGCAAACCAAGGAAAAAGAAGAUCCGUACACGAGUCAUCAAGAAGGUCAAGGGCGACAAACAAGAAGUCACAAAGAUUGAGGUCGUCGAAGAGGAUGACAAGCCAUCUGAAACUACUGUCACAGUCGAAGAGGUUCCUGUUGAGCAAGACCAGCCGGAAGAUAUUAAGGAACUUCCUGAAGAGGUGCGUGUUAUUGAAACAAUUACUGAAGAUGGCAAACCAAAGAAGAAGAAGAUCCGUACACGAGUCAUUAAGAAGGUCAAGGGUGAUAAACAAGAAGUCACAAAGAUUGAAACUGUGGAAGAAGAUGACAAGCAACCAGAAACUACUGUCACAAUCGAAGAGGUUCCUGUAGAGCAAGACCAGCCGGAAGAUAUUAAGGAACUUCCUGAAGAGGUACGUGUUAUUGAAACAAUUACUGAAGAUGGUAAACCAAAGAAGAAGAAGAUCCGUACACGAGUCAUCAAGAAGGUCAAGGGUGAUAAACAAGAAGUUACAAAGAUCGAGACUGUGGAAGAGGAUGACAAGCAACCUGAAACUACUGUCACAAUCGAAGAGGUUCCUGUAGAGCAAGACCAGCCUGAAGAAAUCAAGGAACUUCCUGAAGAGGUACGAGUUGUUGAAACCAUCACUGAAGAUGGCAAACCAAAGAAGAAGAAGAUCCGUACACGAGUCAUCAAGAAGGUCAAGGGCGACAAACAAGAGGUCACAAAGAUUGAGGUCGUCGAGGAGGAUGACAAGCCAUCCGAAACUACUGUCACAGUCGAAGAGGUUCCUGUAGAGCAAGACCAACCGGAAGAUAUUAAGGAACUUCCUGAAGAGGUACGUGUUAUUGAAACAAUUACUGAAGAUGGUAAACCAAAGAAGAAGAAGAUCCGUACACGAGUCAUCAAGAAGGUCAAGGGUGAUAAACAAGAAGUCACAAAGAUUGAGACUGUGGAAGAAGAGGACAAGCAACCAGAAACUACUGUUACAAUCGAAGAGGUUCCUGUAGAGCAAGACCAGCCGGAAGAAAUUAAGGAACUUCCUGAAGAGGUACGUGUUAUUGAAACCAUCACUGAAGAUGGCAAACCAAAGAAAAAGAAGAUCCGUACACGGGUCAUCAAGAAGGUCAAGGGCGACAAACAAGAGGUCACAAAGAUUGAGGUCGUCGAGGAGGAUGACAAGCCAUCUGAAAGUACUGUUACAGUCGAAGAGGUUCUUGUUGAAAAUGACCAGCCUGAAGAAAUCAAGGAACUUCCAGAAGAAGUGCGCGUUGUUGAAACCAUCACUGAAGAUGGCAUACCAAAGAAAAAGAAGAUCCGUACACGAAUCAUUAAGAAGGUCAAGGGUGACAAACAAGAAGUCACCAAGAUCGAGACUGUGGAAGAGGACGACAAGCAACCAGAAACCACUGUCACAGUAGAAGAGGUUCCUGUAGAGGAAGGCCAGCCUGAAGAAAUAAAGGAACUUCCAGAAGAGGUACGCGUUGUUGAAACCAUCACUGAAGAUGGCAUACCAAAGAAAAAGAAGAUCCGUACACGAGUCAUUAAGAAGGUCAAGGGUGACAAACAAGAAGUCACUAAGAUCGAGACUGUGGAAGAAGAUGACAAGCAGACUGAAACAACUGUCUCUAUAGAAGAGGUUCCUUUUGAGGAAGACCAACCUGAAGAAAUCAAGGAACUUCCGGAAGAGGUACGCAUUGUUGAAACCAUCACUGAAGAUGGCAUACCAAAGAAGAAGAAGAUCCGUACACGAGUCAUCAAGAAGGUCAAGGGUGACAAACAAGAAGUCACAAAGAUUGAGACUGUGGAAGAAGAUGACAAGCAACCUGAAACUACUGUCACAAUCGAAGAGGUUUCUGUAGAGCAAGACCAGCCUGAAGAAAUCAAGGAACUUCCUGAAGAGGUGCGUGUUAUUGAAACUAUUACUGAAGAUGGCAAACCAAAGAAGAAGAAGAUCCGCACACGAGUCAUCAAAAAGGUCAAGGGCGACAAACAGGAAGUCACAAAGAUUGAAGUCGUCGAAGAGGAUGACAAGCCUUCCGAAACUACUGUUACAGUUGAAGAGGUUCCCUUUGAGACAGACCAGCCUGAAGAAAUCAAGGAACUUCCAGAAGAAGUGCGCAUUGUUGAAAUCGUCACUGAAGAUGGCAAACCAAAAAAGAAGAAGAUCCGUACACGAGUCAUCAAGAAGGUCAAGGGUGACAAACAAGAAGUCACCAAGAUCCAGACUAUCGAAGAGGAUGACAAGCAACCUGAAACAAUCGUCACUAUUGAAGAGGUUCCUGUUGAGAAAGACGUACCUGAAGAAAUCAAGGAACUUCCGGAAGAGGUACGCAUUGUUGAAACCAUCACUGAAGACGGCAAACCCAAGAAGAAGAAGAUCCGUACACGAGUCAUUAAGAAGAUAAAGGGUGACAAACAAGAAGUCACCAAGAUCGAGACUAUCGAAGAGGACGACAAACCACCCGAAACUACUGUCACAAUCGAAGACGUGCCUGUGGAAGAUAUUCAGGAACUGCCAGAGGAAGUGCAUGUGAUCGAAACUACUACUGAAGAUGGUAAGCCUAAGAAGAAGAAGAUCCGCACCCGUGUCAUCAAGAAGGUCAAGGGCGACAAACAAGAAAUCACCAAGAUCGAAAUUGUACAAGAGGAUGACAAACAACCCGAAACUACUGUUACAAUAGAAGAGCUUCCCGUGAAAAAAGAAGAACCUGAAAUAAUUCAAGAACUUCCAGAAGAGGUACAUGUGAUCGAAACCGUAACUGAAGACGGUAAACCCACGAAGAAGAAGAUUCGUACACGCGUCAUCAAGAAGGUUAAGGGCGACAAACAAGAAGUCACCAAGAUCGAAACCGUUGAAGAGGAUAACAAACAACCCGAGACAACUGUUACAGUCGAAGCACUCCCUGUGGAGGAAGAACAACCUGAAGAUAUUCAAGAGCUUCCUGAGGAGGUGCAUGUCAUCGAAACUAUUUCUGAAGAUGGCAAGCCUAAGAAGAAGAAGAUCCGCACUCGCGUCAUUAAGAAAAUCAAGGGCGACAAACAAGAAGUCACUAAGAUUGAAACUGUUGAAGAAGAUGACAAACAACCUGAGACAACUGUCACAGUUGAUGAGCUCCCUGUGGAAGAAGUUCAACCUGAAGAAAUUCAUGAACUUCCCGAGGAGGUACAUGUCAUCGAAACCGUGACUGAAGACGGCAAGCCUAAAAAGAAGAAGAUCCGCACACGGGUCAUCAAGAAGGUGAAGGGUGACAAACAAGAAGUCACAAAGAUUGAAACUGUCGAAGAGGAUGACAAACAACCCGAGACAACUGUAACAGUCGAAGAACUCCCUGUGGAGGAAGAACAACCUGAAGAAAUUCAGGAACUUCCAGAAGAGGUGCAUGUGAUCGAAACCAUAAGUGAAGACGGCAAGCCUAAGAAGAAGAAGAUCCGCACACGCGUCAUUAAAAAGGUUAAGGGUGACAAACAAGAAGUUACCAAAAUCGAGACUGUCGAAGAGGAUGAAAAGCAGCCUGAGACAACUGUUACCGUCGAAGAGCUUCCUGUAGAUGCGGAACAACCUGAAGAAAUUCAGGAACUUCCCGAGGAGGUGCAUGUGAUCGAAACUAUUUCUGAAGACGGCAAGCCUAAGAAGAAGAAGAUCCGCACACGCGUCAUUAAGAAGGUUAAGGGCGACAAACAAGAAGUCACCAAGAUUGAAACUGUUGAAGAGGAUGACAAACAACCCGAAACAACUGUAACGGUCGAAGAACUGCCUGUGGAAGAAGAACAACCUGAAGAAAUUCAGGAACUUCCAGAAGAGGUGCAUGUGAUAGAAACUAUUUCUGAAGACGGCAAACCUAAGAAGAAGAAGAUCCGCACACGCGUCAUUAAGAAGGUUAAGGGCGACAAACAAGAAGUCACCAAGAUCGAGACUGUCGAAGAGGAUGAUAAGCAGCCUGAGACAACGGUUACCGUCGAAGAGCUUCCUGUAGAGGAAGAACAACCUGAAGAAAUUCAGGAACUUCCCGAGGAGGUGCAUGUGAUCGAAACUAUUUCUGAAGACGGCAAGCCUAAGAAGAAGAAGAUCCGCACACGCGUCAUUAAGAAGGUUAAAGGCGACAAACAAGAAGUCACCAAGAUUGAAACUGUUGAAGAGGAUGACAAACAACCCGAAACAACUGUAACAGUCGAAGAGCUUCCUGUAGAGGAAGAACAACUUGAAGAAAUUCAGGAACUUCCCGAGGAGGUGCAUGUGAUCGAAACUAUUUCUGAAGACGGCAAGCCUAAGAAGAAGAAGAUCCGCACACGCGUCAUUAAAAAGGUUAAGGGCGACAAACAAGAAGUUACUAAGAUCGAGACUGUCGAAGAGGAUGACAAACAACCCGAGACAACUGUUACAGUCGAAGAACUGCCUGUGGAAAAAGAACAACCUGAAGAAAUUCAGGAACUUCCCGAGGAGGUGCAUGUGAUCGAAACCGUAACAGAAGACGGCAAGCCUAAAAAGAAAAAGAUUCGCACACGCGUUAUUAAGAAAGUUAGAGGCGACAAACAAGAAGUCACCAAGAUCGAAACUGUUGAAGAGGAUGACAAACAACCCGAAACAACUGUAACAGUCGAAGAGCUGCCUGUGGAAAAAGAACAACCUGAAGAAAUUCAGGAACUUCCCGAGGAGGUGCAUGUGAUCGAAACUAUUUCUGAAGACGGCAAGCCUAAGAAGAAGAAGAUCCGCACACGCGUUAUUAAGAAGGUUAAGGGCGACAAACAAGAAGUCACAAAGAUUGAAACUGUCGAAGAGGAUGACAAACAACCCGAGACAACUGUAACAGUCGAAGAGCUCCCUGUGGAAGCAGAACAACCUGAAGAAAUUCAGGAACUUCCCGAGGAGGUGCAUGUGAUCGAAACCGUUACAGAAGACGGCAAGCCUAAGAAGAAGAAGAUCCGCACACGCGUUAUUAAGAAGGUUAAGGGCGACAAACAAGAAGUCACAAAGAUUGAAACUGUCGAAGAGGAUGACAAACAACCCGAGACAACUGUUACAGUCGAAGAACUGCCUGUGGAAGAAGAACAACCUGAAGAAAUUCAGGAACUUCCAGAAGAGGUGCAUGUGAUCGAAACCAUAAGUGAAGACGGCAAGCCUAAGAAGAAGAAGAUCCGCACACGCGUCAUUAAGAAGGUUAAGGGAGACAAACAAGAAGUCACCAAGAUUGAAACUGUUGAAGAGGAUGACAAACAACCCGAAACAACUGUAACAGUCGAAGAACUGCCUGUGGAAGAAGAACAACCUGAAGAAAUUCAGGAACUUCCCGAGGAGGUGCAUGUGAUCGAAACCAUAAGUGAAGACGGCAAGCCUAAGAAGAAGAAGAUCCGCACACGCGUCAUUAAGAAGGUUAAAGGCGACAAACAAGAAGUCACCAAGAUCGAAACUGUUGAAGAGGAUGACAAACAACCCGAAACAACCGUAACAGUCGAAGAACUGCCUGUGGAAGAAGAACAACCUGAAGAAAUUCAGGAACUUCCAGAAGAGGUACAUGUGAUCGAAACUAUUUCUGAAGAUGGCAAACCUAAGAAGAAGAAGAUCCGCACACGCGUUAUUAAGAAGGUUAAGGGCGACAAACAAGAAGUCACCAAGAUCGAGACUGUUGAAGAGGAUGAUAAGCAGCCUGAGACAACGGUUACUGUCGAAGAGCUUCCUGUAGAGGAAGAACAACCUGAAGAAAUUCAGGAACUUCCCGAGGAGGUGCAUGUGAUCGAAACUAUUUCUGAAGACGGCAAGCCUAAGAAGAAGAAGAUCCGCACACGCGUCAUUAAAAAGGUUAAAGGCGACAAACAAGAAGUCACCAAGAUCGAGACUGUUGAAGAGGAUGAUAAGCAGCCUGAGACAACGGUUACUGUCGAAGAGCUUCCUGUAGAGGAAGAACAAUCUGAAGAAAUUCAGGAACUUCCAGAGGAGGUGCAUGUGAUCGAAACUAUUUCUGAAGACGGCAAACCUAAGAAGAAGAAGAUCCGCACACGCGUUAUUAAGAAGGUUAAGGGCGACAAACAAGAAGUCACAAAGAUUGAAACUGUUGAAGAGGAAGACAAACAACCCGAAACAACUGUAACAGUCGAAGAGCUCCCUGUGGAAGCAGAACAACCUGAAGAAAUUCAGGAACUUCCCGAGGAGGUUCAUGUGAUCGAAACUAUUUCUGAAGACGGCAAGCCUAAGAAGAAGAAGAUCCGCACACGCGUUAUUAAGAAGGUUAAGGGCGACAAACAAGAAGUCACCAAGAUCGAAACUGUUGAAGAGGAUGACAAACAACCCGAAACAACUGUAACAGUCGAAGAACUGCCUGUGGAAGAAGAACAACCUGAAGAAAUUCAGGAACUUCCAGAAGAGGUGCAUGUGAUCGAAACCGUUACAGAAGACGGCAAGCCUAAGAAGAAAAAGAUCCGCACACGCGUUAUUAAGAAGGUUAAGGGCGACAAACAAGAAGUCACCAAGAUCGAAACUGUUGAAGAGGAUGACAAACAACCCGAAACAACUGUAACAGUCGAAGAACUGCCUGUGGAAGAAGAACAACCUGAAGAAAUUCAGGAACUUCCCGAGGAGGUGCAUGUGAUCGAAACCAUAACAGAAGACGGCAAGCCUAAAAAGAAGAAGAUCCGCACACGCGUCAUUAAGAAGGUUAAAGGCGACAAACAAGAAGUCACCAAGAUCGAAACUGUUGAAGAGGAUGACAAACAACCCAAAACAACCGUAACAGUCGAAGAACUGCCUGUGGAAGAAGAACAACCUGAAGAAAUUCAGGAACUUCCAGAAGAGGUGCAUGUGAUCGAAACUAUUUCUGAAGACGGCAAGCCUAAGAAGAAGAAGAUCCGCACACGCGUUAUUAAGAAGGUUAAGGGCGACAAACAAGAAGUCACAAAGAUUGAAACUGUUGAAGAGGAUGACAAACAACCCGAAACAACUGUAACAGUCGAAGAGCUGCCUGUGGAAGAAAAACAACCUGAAGAAAUUCAGGAACUUCCCGAGGAGGUGCAUGUGAUCGAAACUAUUUCUGAAGACGGCAAGCCUAAGAAGAAGAAGAUCCGCACACGCGUUAUUAAGAAGGUUAAGGGCGACAAACAAGAAGUCACAAAGAUUGAAACUGUUGAAGAGGAUGACAAACAACCCGAAACAACUGUAACAGUCGAAGAGCUGCCUGUGGAAGAAGAACAACCUGAAGAAAUUCAGGAACUUCCCGAGGAGGUGCAUGUGAUCGAAACCAUAACAGAAGACGGCAAGCCUAAGAAGAAGAAGAUCCGCACACGCGUUAUUAAGAAGGUUAAGGGCGACAAACAAGAAGUCACCAAGAUCGAAACUGUUGAAGAGGAUGACAAACAACCCGAAACAACUGUAACAGUCGAAGAACUGCCUGUGGAAGAAGAACAACCUGAAGAAAUUCAGGAACUUCCAGAAGAGGUGCAUGUGAUCGAAACUAUUUCUGAAGACGGCAAGCCUAAGAAGAAGAAGAUCCGCACACGCGUUAUUAAGAAGGUUAAGGGCGACAAACAAGAAGUCACAAAGAUUGAAACUGUUGAAGAGGAUGACAAACAACCCGAAACAACUGUAACAGUCGAAGAGCUGCCUGUGGAAGAAGAACAACCUGAAGAAAUUCAGGAACUUCCCGAGGAGGUGCAUGUGAUCGAAACUAUUUCUGAAGACGGCAAACCUAAGAAGAAGAAGAUCCGCACACGCGUUAUUAAGAAGGUUAAGGGCGACAAACAAGAAGUUACCAAAAUAGAGACCGUUGAAGAGGAUGACAAACAACCCGUGACAACGGUAACAGUCGAAGAAUUGCCAGUGGAGGAACAAGAGCCUGAAGAAGUUCAGGAACUUCCUGAGGAAGUUAAUGUGGUUGAAACUUUAGACGAAGACGGUAAACUAAAGAAGAAAAAAAUACGUACUCGUGUCAUUAAGAAGACAAAGGGUGAUAUAGAAGAAAUAACAAAGAUCGAAACGGUGGAAGAAGAUAAUAAGCAGCCAGAAGUUACUGUAACGGUAGAAGAAUUGGAUCAGAAAUCUCCCUUUGGUGGCAAAGUAAAAUUGAAGAAAAAACUUAUUGUGCAAAACCCAGAAGACGAAGUUACAAUCUUUGAGCUGCCAGAAAGAAAAUCUGUUAUAAUGUCUGAAAAAGAAGAUGGUACUCCAACAAAAACUGUUAUUAAAACAAAAAUUAUUAAAAAAGUUAAAGGACCGAAUAUGGAAGUUACUAAAGUUCAAACUGUCGAAGAAUAUGAAAAGGAACCAAUAACAAAGGUUACUGUAGAAAACUUUGAAGCUCCCUUCCCAAAUCUCCCAGAAGAAAAAAUAUCAGAAAUAGUCGUUUUGCCGGAUGAAGUAUUUGAAACAAUGACUGUUGAUGACGAGGGACAGCCAAAAAUUGUGAAAACAAAGAAGCGAGUUAUUAAGAAGCCAAAGGAUGAAAACAGAGAAGAGAUUACUGAAAUCGAUAUAACUCAACAAGAUGACGACGAGCCUACUUACUCCGUAACCGUGAAGGAGCAGCCAUCAAUAGAACCCGCAUUUACUGACAAGACGUCAGUAGAAUUACCUGAACAAGUUACCGAACUUGAAGUAAUAGCGCCAGACGGAACGAAAAAGAAGAAGACAAUUAAAACGCGAGCAUUUAAAAAGAAUAUUGAUGAUAAGCUUGACGAGGUUACCACUGUCCAAGUUAUUGAGGAGGAUGACAAGGAACCAUUAACUAAUGUCCAAGUGGAUGUUGUACCGAUUGAUGAGAUAUCGACGAUGCCAAUACCAAUUGAGGAACUUCCAGAAGAAAUUGUCUUCACUGAAGAAAUCGACGACAAUAAAAAGCCACGAAAGAAGACUACAAAAACUCGUACAUUUAAAAAGCAAGGACCUGAAGAUGAGGAAUACUUCCAAAUUCAGACAGUUGAAGAAGAGGGCAAAGAGCCAUAUGCACUAAUACGCGUUGUAAGCGAUGAAAAUAUUGCUGAUAUAAUUGAUAUUAGUAAGCUUGAUGAUGAAAAGGUUUCCACACACAAACAAAAGCCACACAAAAAGCGCGCGGAGAAACCAAAGCCCGCUGAACACACUGAACCGGAACACCCAGUUUACAUAACGACAUUUAAAUCUGUACAAAACGAAGAUGGAGAAACAACCAUACAAACUGAAAACAAGAGAGUCUCUCAGGAGGAAGGCAUCGUUGUUGAAGAAGUGCUCAGUGAUACUGAACCGAUACAGGAAGACACUACACACACAAAUGUUGAAAUUGUUGAAGUCAGCGAGCCAACAGACCAAUACAACAAAGAGUACACUAUCACUGAACCAGAUGAUGUAAGUGCAGAAACAAUACAAACAACACCUGAAACAAGUAAAACGCCUAAACAGAAAAAACCGACACAAAAGACAACACCGUUCAAACAGAUUGACGAAACAGUAGUAGAAGAUGUGGUGGUUACUGACGAGAAACCCACGACAACGACGGACAAGGACAAAACAGUUAAGAAACGUAAACCGAAAAAGAUCGAGGGUAUCGAAGAGGCACCAACACUAGUGGAUAAGAAGGAAAAGCCAAAGAAAAAGAAAGUUGUUAAAUCAAAGCGAGAUGAAAUGGAUGAAUAUAUACAAUUUCUUAUACAUCAGGAAAUUCCGAAAACAGUACUUCAAGGAUAUAAGCGUAGCGAAAUGGCACAACCACAAAGGGCUCGUCGCGAUUCGUCAUUCAAACAGCCUAUUAAGUUGACUCCUAUGAAAAUUGAGAAAAUUGAAAUAAAACGACCAAAAAUGCUUGAAAUUAGCUCUGUGGCUGAGUUCCCGCAGAUGCUGAAGCUUAAAACUCCAAAGCAACGACCCCAAGAGGAAAAGAAGAAAAAGAAUGAGGCUUCAUUUAAAAAUAAGAAACUAAAGAGCUGGAUAAGAUUUAUACCAUAUGCUCCUUACUGUUUCCCAUAUGUAGUCACUGAAUUGGAUACCAUUCAGUAUAACGGCGAAUUAUCACGUAACAUAGAAGAGGCUGAAAAAGUUUUGAAGUUCCGUCCAAAGAAGUUUAAACCAACGAAACCAGAGGAGACCGUUCUAGAACAGCUCGAUCUUGAGACAUUCGAUGAAGAAAAAAUCCAGUCAUCAGAAGAAGAGCAAGCAAAGCCAAAGUAUCAGCGCGGCAAAAAGAAGAAGGAAGAAACCUCAGAAGAGGCUAGAAAACUUAAGCUUGGCAAAGGUAAGAUACCCCAGAAUGUUGAGACCAUUGAAGAAGUGCAAUUGAAACCAGUAAAGUUGGAUGUCACAGAAGACGAUGCUACUGAGGAGCCUAAAACAAUCGUCGAUGAGAAGGGAGCGAAAAAGAAGAAAACUAAAAAGCCAGAAAAGGCUGAUGAUACCCUUCAGUUUGAGCCGUUUGAUAUUAAGGGUGUUGAAACACCAUUUGAACAUCUAGAAGCUUCAGAUGAAUCGAUUGUUGAGGAAACGUCACAACAAGAUAAACCGAAAUACAAAAGGAAGAAGAAACCACACCCCCUUCCAGAAACUAAAGAAUAUCAAAUAAUUCCAGGAAAACCGAAAGAAACCGAUGAAAUACCAAGUGGUGAACUGAAAUUACGAAAACGACAAGGUGAGAAGCCAAAAGAUACCAAGGAGGAGGUAAAACUAAAGCCUUUCUACAAAUAUGAGGUUAUUGAAUUGACACCAGAAGAUGCACCGGAGACUACAAUUGAAACACUAAAGGCUCCCAUUAAAGAACCCAAAAAGAAACGAAAGCUUAAAAUUAAAACAGAAUUGGAAGAAAAUACAGUUGAUAUCGUUGAAGUUUCUCCAGAAAAUUCUGACGAUAAACUAUACGAAGUAACUGUAACUAGUUCUGAAAUUGUUGAAGACGAUAAAAAUGUAAAGAAAGUACUGAAAAAGAAGGUGAAGCGUAUGAAUAAGGAAGAACUUGAUGAUUUUGUGGCCGAGCUCGAGGAGCAGCCCGAACAGAAAUUCUAUGAAACUCGACUUGAAGAUUUCUAUGAAGUCAAACUGAUAGAACUCUCUCCCUCAGAAAUUCAACCCGACACAGAAACCACUGAAAAAGGCAAACAAAAACCAGAAAAGAUGAAAAAGCGUAUUCUGCAUAAAAAGGGAGAUGCUGAAGAAAUUUUAGAAAUUAUUGAAUCUGCUCCAGUCAUCGGUGACGAUGAGCCUUUGUAUGAGGUAAUUAUAACUACAAGUGAGACUUUGGAUGACAAGGAUAUACCGCAAUCAAGCGAAAUAAAACCGAAAGCAAAGAAAACCAAAAAAAUGAAAAAGGAUGAGCUUGAUGCCUAUAUACAACAGCUGAUUAACGCUGAAAUUCCCGUUACUGAAUUAGAGAAAUAUGAGAAAAUUGUUGUAGAUGGAAGGCCAAAGAAACCAAAGAAGCAAAAGCCUAAACCGGAAAAGGCAAUUCUCGAUGAAGGAGAAACUCUUGAAGUGGGCAUAAUAGAGCAUGAACCGAAACAGAAACCAAAAACUAAAAAACACAAAGCCAAGAUAACUCUUACGGAGGGAGAAACGAUGGAAUCGAAAACUCUUCCAGAUUAUGAUGAAUUCGCAAUCAACAGAAUUGACACUGAACUUAUCACUAAGCGACCAGAAGAAAUGGAAGAAGAGGAUGUGAUACCAGAAGUGGAUGAAGUAAUAGAAGAAAUAAUUGAAACACUUCCGAUAGUGGCAGUAGACGAAUCAACUGAAAGAACAUCUGAUCUCCCAGAAUCAAUUGAACUAAAAGAAGACAAGAUUACUAAAAAACGCAAGCUUAAGGCUAGAAAAGGUUCUAAGCAAUAUGAAAUUCAGAUCCUUGAAACUGUCAGUUCAGAUAUCGAAGAUAAUGAUGAAGCAAAGGUUAUUGUUAUAACAACAGAGGUUACAGAAGAUACGACUGAAAUGCCAAGCGAUGAGAAACCCAAAACUCCAAAGAAAACAGUGAAGAAGGUUUACAAGGACAAACUGAAAGAGUACAUUGUAAAUGUAAUCGACGAAGCACCAUCAGAGCUUAUAGCCAAAAUAUCUGAAGAUAUAUCAAUAAGUCCUGAGAAUGAAUCUUCCGCUGACAAAGACAUUAAUGCAUUUACGACUACAGUUGUUGAUGAAGUCUUACAAAAAGAUACAGUAACGGAGGAGGUACUCACUGAUGAUAUAACUGCCGAGCCAAAGGCUAAAAAGAAGAAGCCAAUCAAAUUGAGCAAAAUAAGUGUAACCGAAAGUAAACCGCUUCAAACGGAGGAGAAUGUUAUGGAAGAAGAUCAACCCAUCGAAGACACCGAAAAACCGGAAGUUCUUUCGACGUUUGAGGACUACUCAAUUGAAAUUGAAGAUACUGCUCCAAAAAGUAAGAAAAAGUCUACGAAAACACAUAAAGAGGAACCUGAACCAUCAAUUAUCUCUGAAUACACAAUUCGUGUUGAAGAGCUAGCACCAGAAAUUAUAGUCGAGAAAAUCGUCAAUGAAGAAGGAGAAAUGGUCGAACAAGUUACAACUAAACGCAAAAUAAAGAAGAAGGAAGGUCCAAAAGAAUAUCUUAUUGAAGUUACUGAAACCUAUGAGGAAAAUAAGCCAGAAGCGGAACUUAUUAUUCAAACAACUGAUAUUACACCAAUCGAAGAAUCUGAACAUAAACCAGAGGAGCACAAAGUGAAAAUUGUCAAAAAAAAGAAGCCUAAAGCAGAAAGCUUUGAUAAUUAUAUUCAAGAACUAAUAGAACAGGAUAUUCCCAAACCAGAGCUUGAAGAGUACGAGCCAACAGUGACAGAAUCGACAACAGCAACUAAAACACCGAAAAAAAUUAAGAAACAUCACAGGAAAACGACUGAAGUUGUUGAUGGUGUUCCAAUAACGAUACACGAAGUCAGCAUACAGGAGUUUGAACCACAGCCUGAGGAGGAAGAGUUCCAAGCUAUCAAAGUUAUUGAGGAAGAAACUAAGGAUACAGUAGAAGCUCCUAAAGAAGAUUUAAUAGACGUUACUGAAAAAUCCCCCAAGUCUAAACCAAAAAAGGUAAAGAAAUCGAAAGACAACCAAGAACAGCCACAGCCCAUUAUCAAAGACAUUGCGGAAAUUGUGGAGGUCACCCAAGUAACGGAAGAUGAUGGCAUAGUUAAAGAAGUUCAAGUUAAAAAGCGAAAGGUUUCCCGAAAGCAAGGACCAAAAGAACAAAUUUUCGAAAUCACUGAAACCACUACAAGCGAUGAGCCCUUAGCUGAGGUGACUAUCGUUGAGAUUACCGAACCGGAACAGCCCGAAAAAGAAGCUACUGUGCCAAAGGAAAAGAAACCCUUGAAAAAGCCAACGAAAUUGAAACCCGAGGAUGUUCAAACAUAUGUUAUCAAUAUUCUUGAGGAGCUCGUGGAACCACAAAAGUUCAAGGAACUCGAAGAAGAAGGCUCAGAUGUGCCGCAAGAUGAAGAAUAUGUAAGUGCCGAAGAAGAGUUGCCUCAAGAGAUAGAGAAAACUCAUAAGGUAAAAACAAAAACAGCCAAACCUAAAAAAGCACUUGAAAAACCAGUUGACCACAAAAUUCGAAUUGAAGAGUUAGCUCCAGAAACGGUCAUCGAGGAUAUCAUUAAUGAAGAAGGUGACGAAGUUAAACAGGUCAAAACCACAAAGAAACUUAAAAAGAAAGAAGGUCCCAAAGAAUAUGUCAUUGAAAUCAUCGAAACUUACCAGGAAAACAAGCCAGAGGCCGAUAUUGAGUACACAACCACUGAGAUUAUCACCGAAGAAACUCCAGAAGCGGAAGAGCGGCCAGCUAAUAUCGUGCAAAAAAUUAAAAAGAAGAAACCAGUAAAGGAUGAUUUAGACAAAUACAUUCAGGAACUCAUUGAACAGGAAAUAACUAAAACUGAACUAGAACAAUACGAACCAACGGAAAUAGAUGCAAAACCGAAACAGCCCAAGAAAAAGGUCAAAACUCACCACAAGAAAACUGUCGAGGUUGUCAAUGGACUUCCUGUAAUCGUCCACGAGUUCGAUGUCCAAGAAGUCGAGCCAGAAUCAGUCGAUGAACAGACCCCAAUUAAUUUGGUCGAGGAUGACGAAGAAGCACCUUCUCAGCCAGAAGCAUCUUCUAAAUAUUUGGUCAAUAUCUCCGAUGAAUUCGUUGAGCCCUUACAAGUAAUGGAAGAAACCCAUGAGGUUAAACCAAAACAAAAGCCCACUAAAAAGGAAAAGACUAAGAAAAAGAAAGAGGAAGAGAGUCCAUUGCCUUUGGAAGAAAUCGAACAAACAACCGAAGUCAUUGAACAGCCUACUGAAGAAGGUACUGUUAAGGAAGUGACUGUUAAAAAACGUAAAGUUGUUCGACGAAGUGGUUCAAAGCAAAAUGUCUUUGAAAUAACAGAAACCACAAGCGACGACCAGCCCUUAGCAGAAGUAACCAUUGUUGAACUUACCGAAGAUCAACCAGACGGGGCAGAAGAGAAGCCUAAAUCGGAAAAGAAGGUUAUUAAAAAACCAAAACAACUUAAAAAGGCAGACAUUGAGGAAUAUGUAAUUAAUGUUAUUGACGAAUUUGUCGAACCAACUCCAGUCGAAUUGAUAGAAGGCGAGGAAGAACAAAUUUCUGAAGAACAGCCUAAGAAGAAAAAGAAACCUGAAAAGAAAUAUAAAAUCACAGAAAAGGAGGAAUUCGAAAAACCAAAUUCAGAAACAGAAUAUGAAGCGUCCGAAGAGCCCGUUGAAUUAGCCACAGAGGCCAAACCAGAAGAAACCAUUGACUACACUAUUGGUGUUAAAGAAGAGACAACUACAGAAGAAACGAAACCAACGAAAGCCAAGAAAACAACUAAGCCUAAAGCUAUUCAACAACCCGAACAGGUGGAAGAUGAUAAUUAUUCAGUUAAAAUUACAUCUGAACAUGUGCCAAGGGUAGAAGAGUUCCAGGAAUUUGAAACUGUUGUCUCAGAUUCUGUCGAAGAUGAUAAACCCACUGAGGAGCCAAUUUUCCGAAUUGAAGAAAUCGAAAGUAAGGCAGAGCAGAAAGAAUUCAUUGACGAAAAGGGAGAAACUACAAAACAGACAGUGACUAAACGAAAAAUCAAAAAGCAGGUUGGUCCUAAAGAGGAAAUAAUUGAAAUUAUUGAGACUACAAUAGGAGAUACACCCGAAUAUGAAGUAAUCGUUACAACUCAGGAUGUCGAACCUGUAGAAGAGGAAACUCCUGCUGAAGUUAAGCCGCCCAAGGUUAAGAAGACCAAAAAGGUACCCAAGGAUGAUCUUCACGACUAUAUACAAAAACUUAUUGAACAGGAUAUACCAAAAACAGAAUUGGAGAAAUAUGAGAAAAUUGAUAUAGACGAACCGAUUAAAAUGAAAAAGAAGAAACCAGUCAAGAAGGUUAAGGUCACGGAUGAGCAACCCUUAGAAAAAACCGAGGAUCUACCUGAGGGCAAAUCUGAAGAAGAGGAGCAAACAUCAGAGUCUUCCGAAAAGGCGCCGAAGUUGAUUAUCUCAGUGAAAGAAUUUAUUCCUGAAGUUCCAAAAGAAACUCCAUUUGAAAUAACUGUGCUUGAAGAAACAGUCGAAAAGCAACAAGUUCCCGAUGAGGAUGGUAAGAUUAGGGAAAAGGUUGUUAAAACAAAGAAAAUAAAGCAAAAGAAGGGACCCCAAGAGCUAGUUCAUGAAAUAACUGAAGUCAUUGACCAGGAUACCAAUGAGUCUGAAGUAACAGUGGUGACCACAACUCCACAAGAGACAACGGAACAGGACGAACAUGUAGUGAAGCAAAAGCGCACCAAGAAAAUUAAGAAGGAUGACGCAGAGAACUUUAUUAUGGCGGUUCUUGAAGAAGAGGCCCCGAAGCCGAUUGAGACAACUGACGAUGUUAAUGUAAUCGAAGAGUCUCCGAAGAAACCAACAGCUGAUAAACCAAAGAAGAAGCCAAAGAAGGAUAAGCCACAGUCGAUAGAAGAACAAAAGCCUGUGGAUGAGGAAAUUGACAUUGUUGAGAGUACAUCAGAGGAUACACCAAUUACUGAGGACGUUGAUAUUGCUGUGACGGAGGAAUCUCCAAUUGAAGAACCAGACUAUGAAGUGAAACAGACCGAAAAGAUCAAGAAACCCCAAAAACAAAAGAAGCCUUUGGAGAAGGUCAAGGUGGUUGAGGAGCAGCCUCAAGAGGAGGCUCCAGAAAAGCCACUUGAAAUUAAACAACAGGAAACAAAUGUCGAACAACCUACAGAAGAAUUUAGCGUUACUCUUAAAGAAGAAGUCCAGGUUGAGGAGAAACCGCAAAAGAAAAAGAGUCCAAAAGAAGUUCGUGAAAAAUCUAAACAACCAAAAGAUGAAAAAUACGAAAUUUCUAUUCAGGAAAGUAAUUUGGAACCCGAAGAACUUAAGCCCUUCUCAAUCGAGGUAAUUGAGAGUGUAACAAAGGUUGAGGAAACUACAGACGAUGCGGGUGAAAUUCAUAAGCAAGUGACAACGAAACGUAAAAUUAAACGUCCCGAGGGCGAGGGUGAAAUCGAGAUCAUUGAAGUGGUUAGGGAUGAUCAACCAGAAGCAGAAAUUACCAUUGUUGAAUAUGAACCAGAGCCCGUUCAGCAGGAUGAAAAGCCAAAAGAACCCAAGAAGAAAACCAAGAAGGUCGUCAAAAAGGAUGAUAUUCAUGACUAUAUACAGAAAUUGAUUGACAUGGAAACGCCAAAGACUGAACUGGAAAAGUAUGAAAAAAUUGAAUUUGAGCCGAUAGUUAAAGAGAAGCCGGAGACUAAAGCCAUCGAUGUUUUAGAGGAGGGCCCUGUAGAAAAACCGAAGAAAGACAAAAAGGUUAAGUUAAAGGAAACGGUGCCAGAAGAGAUAGUUGUGCCGGAACCAUUAGCCGAAGUUAAAAUAUCUGAAGAAGAGGCUCCAAAACAACCAGAAAUUCCAAUUGAAGUGAUUGAAGUGCAACCAGAAGAGAUUCAAACUCAAGAGGUUAUUACAGAGGAAGGUAUACCAAUCCAAGAAAAGACUACUAAGAGGGUUCUAAAGAAGAAGGGGCCCAAAGAAGAUACCACUUUCAAAAUCACAACAAUUGAAACUGAAGAUAACGAUUCAGUUACUGUUAUUGUUGAUGAAGAACCGGAACCAAUACCAGUAGAGACUUCUGAAGAACAGCAACAGUCUUCUGAGGAAAAUCCAACACCAAAGCCAAAGCCAAAGAAGACAAUAAAGAAAAUUAAGAAGGACGAGCUAGAUGAUUAUGUUAAGAACCUGAUAGAAGAAGAACUACCUAAAGCCGAUAUUGAAAUGUACGAAAAAAUUGACAUGCCUGAUCAGCCUAAAGAGGAAAUUGAAAAUAUUCCCGAACAGGUAAUAUCCAUUACAUCAACUGAGCCAACAACUGAAACACCAACAGUACCCGACGAAUCUAUCAAGCCCAAGAAACAACGAUCUCACAAACCCAAGAUAGUCGAACAGAAACCUGACGAACCGAACGAGACAGAGACUGACUCCCCUAAACUGACAACACCAAAACCGAAUGAAAUUGCACAACCCGAGGACACAGCCACAGCACAAAUUACACCAAGCGCACAAGAUGAGAUACCCACUCAAGAUGACACAACAACAGAUACAAUUCAAAAAACUAUUAAACAUAAGAAAACAAAACCAGACACAGUUAAAAGCGUUGAAUCAAGUGAUUUACCAGAGGUUCACAAAGACUAUUGCAUAAGCAUAAUAGAUGAAGAGCCAGUCAAAAAAGAUCAACCCGAUAAGAUUCUGGAGGUCCGAGUAAUUGAUGAAGUUGCUGAAGUAGAAGAAUCACAGCCCAUUGUUGAAGAAGUCGAAGAUGAAGAGGACGAACAGCCAACAGCUGAAGAAACCGCUGAAGGCGUCACUAAGCCAAAGGCCAAAAAGAAGAAGGUUGUCAAAAAGAAGACCGAUGAUCAUGAUGAGAUUAUCAGAAAGCUAUUGGAACAAGAAAUCGAAAAAACGGAAUUGGAAAAAUACGAAAAGCUUGAAUUCGAUUUGCCUAAAAAGCUUAAGCCAGAAUUUGCCAGCCUUGAGCCAAUAAAGAUUGAGCGUAAGGAUCAAAAGCCAACAAAGGUGACGGUUGUCGAGGCGGCCGAUAUUCCCAAAACAGUGAAACUAAAGCCUGGCAAAAGAAAAGAGAAGCCCACUGAGGAACAAUCUGUUCAGCUACCCAAAUUCCGGCUCAAGACUCGCAUGGUUACGGUCGAGUUCCCACCAGCUCCACUUAUACCCAAGGUGACAGAGAUCGGUGCUAUGAAAGAGAAUGGUGAGAUAUCUCGUAAUAUAGAAGAGGCCGAAGAGCUGCUUAAGUUUAAGCCCCGUAAGGUUAAGAAAAUUAAGAAGAUCAAGGACGAUCUGGAGAAAGUGGAGCUUGAAAAAUACGAAAAGUAUGUAAGCAGCGAAGAAGAGCCAGAGGAGAAGACACCAUACCAGAAGCCCGAGAAGACACCCAAGCCUGAAGAAGAGCAAGAAGAUGUAAAGAUUAAGCUCGGAAAGGGUAAAAAGAAGCCUAAAGAGGAAGAACAGCCCGAAAACGUUACACUUAAGAAGAUACCUCAAAAGCCUCAAGAAGGUGUUGAAGAGGUUGAGCUAACACGAAAACCAAAAGAAGUUACCGUGGUUGAGGAACAACCAACUCAGCGUAAGGAAGGUGAAUUUAAAUUGGAACCAUUUGAACCAGUUGAUUUCGAACACCCCGAAUAUGUUCCAGAAGAACUUGAGCCGAUUGAACAUCCAGAUAAGCCAGAAAAAGCAAAGAAACCAACAAAAACCAAAUAUAAGCCAAAGGACAAGACUAAACCAGAGCCGGAGACAAUAAUUUCCGAAAUCGUUCCUGGUGUACCGAAAGAGCAGGAAGAAAUCCCUGAACAGGAAGUUAAAUUCCGUAUACCAGAGAGCGAUGCACCAGAAGAGACUGACUCACAAAUCAAACUCAAGCCUGUUAAAAAGGCUGAAGAAGAAAUUCCUGAUGAAAAAGUAGUCGUCAAACCUACGAUUGAGGAGCCCAAAGAAGAAGAAAAGGUUAUCGUAACUGACGAUGACAUAAAGAAGCCAAAGAAACUAAAGGCCAAGAAAGUGCACCAAAUAGAGGAGAAGGCACCGGAAGAAAAGGUAGAGGAGUUCCAGAUUUCCGUUCAAGAAGAAGAAGUCAUUGCCGAAGAGCCUCUUGAAACUGAGAAACCUAAAGAAGUCGAGGUGAAACAGAAGAAGCCUAAGGAAAUUCCGGUAUCCGAGGUAGAGGUCGUUGAGGAUGUCCCACAGCCCGAAGAAGUACCAGAAGAAAUCCCCGUGGAGUACAAAAUCACCACUACAGUUUUGGAACCCGAAGAAGCCCCGAAAGAGCAUCAAGUCAGGGUAAUCGAUUUCGACCAGAGGCAUGAAACGACUGAAGAAGUUAUUGAAGAACGGGUAGUAACACGUAAGAAGAAACCCAAGCCACAACAACCCGAAGAGUUUGAAGUCACAUUACAAGAACCUAGGGAAGAACAAACACAAGCAGAAGAGGUAACUGCCGAAAUUUCUGUGCCAGUACAACAGCCUGAGAAGGAACCUGAACAAUUUGAGGUUGAGCUAAAGAUGACAGAACCUCAACCACAAGAAGUAGUUGAACAAGAGAUAACAGUGAAAGAAAAGACAAAGAAAAAACCUGUCAAAGAAGUCGACGAAGUCAAACACGAAAUACUUGAAGAAGACAAGCAGGAACCAGUUGAAGAAGGAAUAGUUGAAGAGGUUAAACCUAAAGAAGAGAAAAAGACAAAGAAACCAAAAUCAUAUGAAAUAAGUUUAACCGAAACCGAAGCCAUUCAAGAGAAACCUACUGAAGCUAUUGAAGAAGUCCCUGAGGAAAAGGUUGAAGCCCCAACACCAAAACCAGUUGAAAAGUAUGACUCCUUUGAAGUUACCCUUAAGGAAUCACAGCCGGAGAAGGUCACUGAAGUCGAGGAGCAGCCUGAUGAGGACGUUCCACAAGAAUUUACGGUGAAGCCAAAACCAAAAGCUCCUGAAGAAUUUGAAGCAGAGAUUGUAUUGACUGAACCGAAGAAUGUAGAAGAGACACAUGUAGAAACUCAAAUCAAACAGAAGAAAACCAAAAAGCCCAAGAAACCCGAAGAAGAAGCAGCUAGUCUGGACGUUAAGGUUGUAGAGACCGAACCUUCUGUUCCUGAACAAAUUGUGGAUGAAGCUCCUAAAGCAGAAAUUGUUCAUGAAGAGGAAGCUCCAGUUGAGGAAAAACCGAAAGACUUUACAAUCCGCAUUUCUGAGACCGAGACCAAGCCCACAGAAGAGCCAAAUGAAGCUCAAUUUUCGGUUAAAAAACGCAAACCUUCUGUUACCUUCGCCGAAGAGCUUGAAACUGAAUUUAUCAUUAAGGAGAGUAAGCCCGUAGAAGAAGUUACAGAAGAUGCUGAAAUUAAAACAAAGAAACCCAAGAAGAAGGUAAAGGAAGUUGCUGCGGAUGAACUCAAGAUCAAGAUAACUGAAGAAACUCCAGAAGAAAUUCCACUUAUUGAAGAGGUUGAAGAGGUUGAGACUGUAGUCAAGGAAGAAGCUCUAACUGUCGACGAGAAGACAUAUAAGUUCGAAAUCAAGGAGACAGAGCCAGCAAAACCAGUGGAAGUUGCACCUGUGGAAGAGCCAGUAAUUACUGUGCCAGUUGUUGAAGAGCCAGAACAACAAGUGAUCUAUGAGGAACAUAAGGUUAGAGUGGUCGAAGAAACGCCACGUGAAGUGAUUGAAGAAGUUGUCGAAGAAGAAAUCAAGGUUCACCGUAAAAAGAAGCCAAAGCCGGAGGUUACAGAAGAGCCUGAGACUCAAGCGACUCUAUCUGCUCCCAAGCCCAUUGAAGAAGUUGAAGCUACCGAAAGCAUUGCCAUUGUGCCUGAACAACCUACAGAAGAAGAAGCAGCUGAUCUCAAGAUUACCAUUAUUGAAGAAGAGGCCCCAGCUAAAGAGCUUGUUCAGGAAAUCGAAGAAAUCGAAACAGUGGAGGAAACUAAGGCGCCCGAAGAGAAACCUGAAGACUUCAAAUUUGCCAUCAAAGAGCCAAAGGAGCCAACUGUCGAGGAAUUGCCAGAAGAACAAAUUACCCUUCAGAAAAAGAAGAAACCUGCUCCUCAAGCUGAAGUAGUAGAAGAACCAGAGGCUGAGUUUGUAAUAAAGCCCAAACAACCAGUUGAAGAAGUCACUGAGGAGGCCAAGAUUAAGAAAAAGCCAAAGAAAACUGUAAAAGAAGAAGACGCUGUUGCUGAACUAAAGGUUACAUUGACCGAAGAGCUACCUGUUGAGACCGAAGUGCAAGAAAUCAUCGAGGAAAUCGAAGAACAGCCCGAAGAGAAACCGACUGAAUAUGAGUUCGGUAUUAAGGAAACUCAACCAGAGCCAGAAGAAACUCCACAAGAAGCAUUUACUUUGCCCAAGAAGAAACCCGUCGAAGUGGUUGAAGAACCAGAAGCUGAAGUGACUCUUAAACCGAAACCUAAGGUCGAAGAAGUUGUCGAGGAAGCAAAGAUCGUUAAGAAAAAGCCAAAGAAACCAGUUGAAGAAGCAGCCGCUGAAGAAGUUACUGUGAAAGUUGAACAAGAGAUUACUCCUGAGCCUAUUCUUGAGGAGGAAAUUGUCGAAGAAGUCCAAUUUAAGAAACCAGAAAAACCAAAGCCAGACGACGAUAUAGUCGAUGCAGCGGUUAUAAAAUUAAAGAAACCGGCAUCUGAAGAGGAAGAAGUUGUCGCAGCUGAAGUUACUCUGAAACCUAAAGUCCCCAAAGAGGUGCACGAUGAAGAGUUCUCAGUGGACGUUAAGUUGCCCAAGGAGAAGAAGGUGACCGAAGAAACUUCUGAUGAAACCGUUCAACUUAAAAAGAAGAAAAAGCCACAGAAACCAGUUGAAGAAGCAGCCGAUGAGCUACAACUGCAGCAAACCGUUAUUGAAGAGAGACCAGUGGAAAUCGAAGAGGAGGAGAUCAUUGAAGAGGCUGUUGUAGUCCGAAGAAAGCCAAAGAAACCUUUUGAGCCAACAGUCGAGGAACACGAAGAAACUGAGUUCAGUCUUUCCUUUAAGAAACCCCACACCAUAAAUGAAGGCGUAGAGGAGGCAGCUACAGUUCUUAAGAAGCGUCCUGUCAAGCCAACUACCAUGGAUGAAGCAGCGGCAGAACUUUCAAUAAAACGCCAAGAGGAAGAAUACGAAGAAGGCGAUGAUGUGGAAGAGUUUGUCGUAAGUCAGCGUCGUAAGUCCAAACCUCUGCAAUUCACUGAGGAAGAAGAUCAAGAAUACACUGUGAAAAAACUGAAGCGCCGUAAGAAGGUCGACAUUCCAGAAUACUCCGACGUGGAAAAUGUCACAUUCCGUGCAAAGAGUACAAAAACAAAGGAGGAUGUCGAUCAAGAGUUUAACAUUGCUUUGGACUCAUACGCUGAGGAGGAAGUAUCGAUGUCUGGCAAGGUGAAGAUCAAAAAACCAAUUAAGAAGACCUACUCCGAGGCGACAGACGAGGCUAGAAUUAAAAUUCUGCAAGACUACGACGAUGGUGAGGGACCAAUUAUUGAGGAAAUCCGCGAUGAUGAGGAUACAAUCGAUGAAGUUGAAGAACCAGAGGAAUACUUUGUCGAUGAACUGCCACCAGAUGAGGUUGACUUUAAGCUGAAACCGAAAAAGCAAGCCAAACCAAGCUAUUCCGUCCAAGAUGAAGAAGAAGAACAGUUCCUGAUUGGCAUCCGUCAUCCGAAACGCGAUUCAGUGACCUACGAUGAGGACUCUCUAACGUUCAAGAAGAAGCGUAAAGUUGUACAACAACUCUUCAACGAAGAUGGAGCCUCACUUAAUAUUACUCGAGAAAUGGAUAUUGAUGAGUCUGACAAUGUCAAUGUAAUGUAUUCCAUAUGCAACUACAUUGCCGAUAACGAUGAAGCAAUCAAUUUGGUUGAAGGUGAAAAGGUAACUGUAAUUGGUCGGCAUAGUUCUGAAUGGUGGUAUGUAAAGAAGAGCAUUACCGAAGAGGAGGGCUGGGUACCAGCUCAUUAUCUAAUGGAACCCGAGGAAUAUGCCCAAUAUGUGCAAAACAAGUUGCAUGAAAAGAUUGACAAGCUGCCCGUCUUUGAACGUCCUGGUCCAGAAGAUAAGCCCACAGCACCACGUUUCAUUGAAAAACUGCAACCGAUGCACACCCAGGAUGGCUAUACAGUGCAAUUCGAGUGCAAGGUUGAGGGCAAUCCACGUCCACAAAUCGCCUGGUUCCGAGAAACUGCAAUUAUUAAACCAUCACAAGAUUUCCAAAUGUUCUACGACGAUGAUAAUGUGGCUACUUUGAUUAUACGUGAAGUCUUCCCCGAGGAUGCUGGCAAAUUUACAUGCGUGGCUAAGAAUGCAGCUGGUUUCACAUCUAGCACAACCGAAUUAAUUGUGGAAAGUCCACUGUCAGAUCAUGGUAGCGAUGCCACAGCAUUGUCUCGCCGUAGUAUGUCACGUGAAUCAUCAUUAGCGGACAUUCUCGAAGGUAUUCCACCGACGUUCUCGAAGAAGCCCAAGGCUCAGUAUGUCGAUGAAAAUACUAAUGUCAUAUUAGAGUGUCGCCUUGUUGCUGUACCAGAACCGGAUAUUGUUUGGACAUUCAAUGGCGAGGACAUUGAUGAAGAGGAAAUUAAAAAUAUUCGUAUAGUCACCGAAUCGGACAUGCAUAUGUAUUGCAGCGUCGUGCACAUAAACAAGGUGAAGAAAUCACAAGAAGGCACUUACGAGGUGAUUGCAACGAAUCGUGAGGGCGAAGCACGUCUGCCCAUCACAUUGAAGGUGAGAACCAGUGACAAGGAAGCCCCACAGAUACUUGAGCCUUUGCGCAAUAUGGUCAUUCGUGAAGGUGAGAGUGUUGUGCUGUCGACCCAAAUCGUUGGUAAUCCACCGCCAAAGGUGACCUGGUACAAGGAUGGUAAACCAAUUAAGAAUGCCAAAUCAGACAAGGACCUGCACACACUAACAUUAAUCACUCCAAAGAAGUCCGAAAAGGGCGAAUACACAGUUAAAGCUGUUAAUCCUUUGGGUAGUGUGGAAACCACUGCUAAUCUGACUAUAGAAGAACCCACAAGUGGCAAUGCAGAGCCGCCAUUGUUUGUGGAGCGCUUUGAGGAACAGAAUGUGCCACAAAAGGGUGAAAUUCAUUUGCCUGCUAAGGUUUCUGGCAAUCCAGUGCCCGAGGUGCAAUGGCUAUUCAACAACAAUCCCCUCUAUCCCAGUGAACGUAUUCAGCAAGUCUACGAUGGUGAAAAUAUUGAGCUCAUCAUCAAGGAUGCUAAUCCGGAAACUGAUUCUGGUGACUACAAGUGCAUUGCUAGCAAUCCCAUUGGCAAGACAUCGCAUGGUGCUCGUGUUAUAGUUGAGGUCGAUGAAGUGACCUUUACCAAGAAACUAAAGAAGACCAUCACUAUUGAGGAAGUGCAAUCCCUUACCCUAGAAUGCGAAACAUCUCAUGUGGUUACCACCAAAUGGUUCUUCAAUGGCAAAGAGCUUAGCGGCAUGGAUCAUCGGGUAGUGGUCGAAGAUGGCAAGACCCAUAAAUUGGUUAUUCGCAAUACAAACCUACGCGAUUCGGGAACUUAUGUGUGCAAGGUUAAAAAACAGGAAACGCAAUCUACUGUCGGAGUGCUGCAGCGUAAGCCCGAUUUCAUAAAGGUUUUGGAAGAUUACGAGGUAACUGAAAAGGACACUGCGAUUCUCGAUGUUGAACUGACCACAGAAUCCUGUGAGGUUACGUGGUACAAAGAUGGUGAGAAAAUCACACCAGAAAACAAGAAUUGUGAAUUCAUCAAGGAUGGCAAAUCAAGACGAUUGGUCAUACGUGACACUACCAUACACGAUGAGGGUGAAUACACAUGUAAACUGGAGGGACAAGAGUGCAGCUGUGAAUUGGUGGUUAUUGAAUUGCCACCGGAGAUUAUUAAACCGCUAAAGGAUGUAUCGGUGACCAAGGGCGAAAACGCUACUUUCGAUAUAGAACUUAGCAAGGGUGACGCACUAGUCAAAUGGUUCAAGAAUGGCAAAGAAAUUACCUUCAAUGAUCGUGUCCAAUUGGCAAUCGAUGGCAAGAAGCAGUCCUUGCGUAUUCUAAAGGCGAAGCCUCAAGAUGUUGGUGAAUAUUCCAUACAAGUGGGCGAACAAACAUCCCAGGCAAAAUUGACAGUUGAAGAGCCAUUGGUAAACUUCAUAGUGCCAUUGCCAGAUGUUACGCUCUCCACCAAGAGCCAAGAUGCUGAGUUUACAGUAGAACUAUCGCAGCCCGAUGUCGAAGUAACUUGGUGCAAGAAGGGCAAACCCAUUAAGCCGAAUAAGAAACAUGAGGUAUUCGUUGAGGGUACAGUAAGACGUCUCGUUAUUCACGAUGCCAACGACGAAGACGACGGUGAGAUCAGCUGUAUUGCCGAAAAUGUCACAACCAGUACAAAACUUUGCGUUGAGGAGCUUAAACUGCCACCCGUCAUUACCUCUGACAAGGAUCAGACCAUCAAGGUUAAAGAAAAUGAUGAUGCGACCUUUACAGUUAAGUUCACUGGUGUGCCGACCCCAGAAGCCGAAUGGACAACAGGCAAGGUUGUCAUACCCAAGUCAAAGCGCACAAUCCCGACCAUUGAUGAGCAAUCUGCCACAUUGACCAUCAAAAAGGUGGUUGACGAUGAUGAGGGCGAGUAUACUGUUAAGCUUGUCAACCCAGUGGGCGAGGCAGAGGCCAGUCUACACCUAAUCAUUAUGCGUAAACCCACGGCCCCUGGCACCCCACAACCCUUGGAGGUUAUGCACGACUCGAUUACCCUUUACUGGAAGGCUCCCGAGGAUGAUGGCAAAUCAGAAAUUAUCGAGUACAUUCUAGAGUAUCAUGACGUAAAGGAAGAGAAAUGGACUGAGAUACGUAAGAUAAAGGAUACAACAUAUACCAUCAGCAAACUGAAAAUCGAUACGGAAUAUGUAUUCCGUUCAAUUGCUGUAAAUGAGGUUGGACCAUCGCCACCAUCUCCCAUAUCACCGCCUAUUCGUUUAGUACCCAAGGUAGAAACUGAAGCUCCAAGCGUACGCGAACCACUCCAAGAUGUGAUUAGCGAAUUGGAUAAGGAGGUGACAUUGUCCUGCGUGUUUGGUGGUAUUCCAGAGCCCAAGAUUACGUGGAAGAAGAACGGUCAAGUCAUUGAGUCCAGUACCAGCUAUGAGAACCGCGUAGCCAAAUACAUUAUUGAAAAGACAACAAUUGAGACUGAAGCCACCUACACGUGCGUGGCAACUAACGAGAAGGGCUCCGUAGAGACUUCAUGUAGACUGAAAUUGCAACAAAAGCCCAGCAUUGAGGUGGAGGAUAGGUACUUGUCGCAGAAAUUGCGAACAGGUGGCACUCUCACCAUUCCAGCAACGGUACGCGGCUAUCCAUCACCCACAGUCACCUGGCACAAGGAGACAGUCGAACAGAAGACAACCAAAGAAAUUACCAUUGAGACUACCGAAACCAGUUCCAUCUAUACAAUUAAGAAAGUAACUCGUGAGCACACAGGACGAUACAAGGUGACAGCAACAAAUGAAUCUGGCUCCACUUAUGUGGAAUGUCAAGUUCAAGUCAUCGAUAAGCCUAGUCGACCACAAUCGCUAGAAAUCAAGGAUGUAAAGAAGGAUUCUAUCACCUUGGAAUGGACACCGCCUAUCGAUGAUGGUGGCAUGGAUAUUAGCAAAUAUACGCUAGAGAAAUGUGAUAUACAUAACAAUGUGUGGAUGAAGGUUUCCGAUUUCGACAAGGACAUCAAUUCAUAUGCCGUUCAAAAGCUAUCAAUGAAUGCUCAAUAUAUGUUCCGUGUUGUGGCUGCCAAUCCAAUUGGUGAAUCGGAACCCACAGAGAGUCAGACUGUAACCAUAACCAAGAAGUUCGAAAAACCAUCGCCACCACGUCCUCCCACUAAUGUAUCGGGCAUGAAUGAUACUUCAUUCAACUUGGCCUGGGAACCUUCAGAAACGGAUGGUGGUUCUAAGAUCAUUGAAUACAUUGUGGAAAUUCGAGAAGAGAGUGAAACCAUCUAUCGCUCUGUGGGCAUAACGACUGGCACUGUGACAAAUAUUCAUGUGGAGAAUGUUAUCAGAAAUAAGAGCUACCUAUUUAGAAUCUAUGCCAGGAAUGAAAUUGGCACGAGUGAAGCUUUUGAGACAACCGAAAAAAUAACCGUGGGUCGCAAGAUAACGCCACCUUCACCACCACAAAAUCUAAGAGCUCCAGAUGUAACAAGCCGUAGUGUGACUCUUGAUUGGGAGGUACCGGCGCGUAACGGUGGUUCCGAAAUUACUGGCUACUGCGUAGAGAAACGUUCCUCAACAUCGACAACCUGGACAAAGGUCAUUACCUUGGAUGCACAUCAGCUGCACUAUACCAUUGAUAACUUGAAGGAGAAGUGUGAGUAUUGGUUCCGUGUGUCAGCGGAAAAUGAGGCUGGAUUAGGUGCACCAGCCGUCACUGAGAGUAUAUCGCUUAAGACACAUGCAACUGUACCCUCACCACCAACCGCUCCACUGGAGGCACGUGUUAUCGCUGCCAAUGCUCAUGUAUUCGAAUGGGGUAUACCCGAGUCAGAUGGUGGUGCGCCACUACUCGGCUAUCACAUUGCCAUACGUGACAUGAAGAAAUCCAUGUGGAUUGAGGUGGGUCGUGUGCCAGCUGGAGUUCAGAAAUUCCAGAUAAGAGAUCUACAGGAGAAUCAUGAAUAUAUGAUACGUAUAUUUGCCAAGAAUGAGAUUGGUCUAAGUGAACCUUUAGAAUCAGAAGAACCAUAUAAGGUUAUGACGGCGGGUCAUGCCAGUCUGCCCGAAGAACCGCGCACUGAGAUGAGUUCGUGUAAUACAUCAUCUUGGUUAAGAGAUCAUAAUAUGGAUGCUGAUAUACAUUCAUAUGCCCGCGGUCGACUGUUGCAACGCGAUGAGUACUUCUUCCGUCUCUGGGCCCAAAUACCCAAGAGUAAGAAAAAGAAGAACUCGAAAUAGUCAAACUCACAACUUUGACAACGAAAAACAAAACUAAAAUAUAAAAAAAAAAUUACUUAAGCAUUAGGUUUACUCAUAUUUCAAUUGUAUUUUAUACAUUUUUUUUUUUUUGGAUUUCUAGCUUCCUUUCUAUGAUUUUUAAUCUAUCUCGUAUUGUAAAGAUCAUGUAAGGUCUCUAAUUAUAUAAUCCCCUAUAAUUAUAUGCCCAGCGAUGCCCACGAUACUCGAUCAAUGAGUGCGAGCGAAGAAAAAACUUAAUGCUCGAGUGCGUGGGCGUGGCUGACAUAUCAAGAAAAUGCUAUAAAACUUACAUGAUCUUUUUACUUUUCUUUAUUAAUUUUUUUUUUGUAUAAUUAUUAAAGUUUAUUUUUGUAAGCUGUGAUAAAUGAACUAUCAAAAUCGAAAACGGCAUCAAAAUCGAAAUAGGAGAGAAUCAAUUCAUAGUGCAUCGGGCAAUGUCGGCCAGCGAGCCGAAAUAUUCAAAUGGUGCAACUUCUAGAUACAUUCUCGUAAAAGAGAAUUUGUCUAGAAUAUAGAAUGUGGCGACUCGCUGACUGACAAUGCCUUUGCCAUGAAAUUCACUCCAUUUAUUAUACCAUGAGGAUGUCUUUAAUGUUACCAAAACCAAAAACAAAAUCCCAAAAAAGCAAAAUCAAAUCC